AUGGAUAGCAAGAAUUAUCCUAUCUUUUAUAAAAGUAUGGACGACCCUGACGACGCCCAAAAAAUUGAACAUACCAGGAGAGUACGUAGUACAGUUAUGACGAGAAUUAUAGAAAGACCUGUUCCCAGUACAACAUCUACGAGCGAUACCAGAAAGGUUCUGGGGACAUCUUCUCGGCAGUCAAGAACCCGGUAUAUCAGUGGAUUUGACAGUCGACGUGCACAAAGCUCAUCACCAGCCCCCAGAGACAUGCCUACGGCUAUGGACGAUGAACCCCCGCCAGACGAGAACCAACCUCCAUAUGAGAGCGAUUUGAAACGAGCUCAAAGCGAAGGCGAUCUUUUGGACGGAGAUCUUAAAUUGGCCAAGUUGAAGAAAAUUCGAAGUUUUCCGUCAUUGGAAAGGCGAGUUCGGUUUAAAUCAACGAAUACUGAAAAUUACGACGUACCAGAUGGUCAACAGGAAGACACGAAGAGACGUUCCAGGUCUUACGAUGAACUGAGUUGGAAGAAACCAAGCAUUGAGGUGAAGAGAAAAGUUCAACUUUUGCCACAGAAAGAACCUUCAAGGCGAGCAAGGUUGGUAUUAAAAUUACACCUUACGACGGUAGUGGUAAACCUACUUGAUGAUAGUUUAGAUCGAAUCUGAUACAUAAGCUUGCAGUUCUCAUGCAAUUAACUUAAAUUUUCAUCCACGACAGACACUGGAAACGUUCAUAAUAUGAGAUUUCGGACCUAAGGUUCCACUGUAUAGGCAGUAUGUUACAAUACGCUGUCGUAGUUUGUGGUUUGUUAUCUAAAAAAUGAUUCAAUUUCAAACAUUUUUUGAAAAAGAUUUUUUUAAAUUUGAAUCUUUUUCAAGCAGCAAAAAUGUUAUUAGCCCCUCUCAUAAUGGGGCUCAGUGGACUCCAGAUUAUCAGAUGUGAAACUUGAUAAGAUCAGAAAGCUCAAGAAAUAUUUAUCUUUCAGGAGUGCGGAUUCGAGUCCUCCCAAAGGAAUACUGAAGACGAAAAGAAUCACGCAGACAAGCACUAUCAGAAUAUCUGGAACAGUACCGGGACACCAAGGUACAACUUCUCAAACAGAAACACGGCCAACGGACAGCGAACCUACAGCAACCACACAAGAUGACAAGAUGGACUGGACUCCAUAUCUAACAAAAUCUUCAAUAAGCACUGUCAGCACUCUUCCACCUGAAAAACCUAAAGAACAAGUGUUCAAACUCCCAACACGGUAUCGUGUACAACAGGACAUGGAACUGGAACCCGAGGUUCAACCAAAAAGUAUGAUCUUCACAAGGAGAUGGAAAUCAGAACCAUUUUUAGUGACUGAAAAAUCGGAACGGCGUUCAAGAUCCGUCGACUGUCUUCCCUCUGAGAAAGAAACAAAGUUAUCCAAAGUUAAGAUCGAUCUGAUAAAACCCAUCGACCUCAAGCCACUAAAACCUGCACACUCUAUCGGUGACUUGCCCUCACAUACAGUCGUACGAACGGAAUCAAAGUUUCACAUGAAGCCCCAACGAUGGAAGAGUAAUCCCGAGUUGGCGACUGCUGAAAAACUAGAAGAAAUCCAUCAACGAAAACCCACACGAGAACUUGAAACAAAAAUUGUGCGUGCCCUCCCGGUACAUUUGCAACCGCUUCAUCAGCCAAAGCCUGCUAAAGAAACCACCUCAGUUAAGACCACUGAAGUGAAAGAUGUGUCCAUGCAGUUUACUAGCUCCAUCCAAACGAAAAGUGAAGGAACCCAAGCACGCUUAGAUCCAUCCCCACCACUGACUGUGUCUACUGAGCCAGUUUAUAAAAGUACCCAAACGGUCUACCAACCAGAAAAAAUAUAUGUACAGGUACCCGCUCCGGUCGUUGUCGAGUUCCAGAAGUCCAACGUGAUGGAGAAAAAGCCAAAAGUGAGGCCUCUACAUGUGAACGAUAUAAGAUCCUAUGACACAACUAAGUACGGCAUUAGUACAGAAAAGAAAGAGCCGACUAAGAAACAACAAGCAUCCGACAAAAUUGUAGUGGAGUACGUCAAAGAACCACGAAAGCCAAAGGUAGAAGAAAGGAUGGAAACUGAAAUCUGUGAAGACCACACUACUGAAGUAAGAUUCAGAAAACAACAUGACGAAAGCAUGAAAACGAGACAAACUAUUCACGUCGGUCGUAUUGAUGAUAUUGAAAUGGAAUCUUUAACAUCAGAGGUAAGCUACAUUAUACAUUUACUCUCCACAAGUGGUCAAAAUACUUAAAAGCAAUUUUGCCAGCGGGAAAUACACGAUCAAAAGAAAACAUUGUUUUAGAAUUCAAUUACCUGUUAUUGGCAAAAUCUAAAAACCUUUCUUCCAUUAAGGUGCGCGAAAUUUUGGUGAAAUAAGGAGAAAGCAGAAUGAAAGGGCAGAUGUGAGAAAAUGUAAGAGUGAACAUGUGUGUUUCUGAGUGUAGUGAAAGGAGUGAGCAAUGUGAAAUAUACCAGACAGUUCUAAUAGUAACAGUAGUUUUUAAAUUCUAGCAGAAAUGCUGUUCUGCUGUAACAAGAUAUGAUACUUCCGCGAUGGUAAUUCCUAGCUAUCUACAACACGAAAGGCAGAAUGUAUACAACAACGUUGUUGCGUAUCAUUUAUUGGUGUUUUAAAUUUAGUUCUGGUGUAGUUUAGUGGACAAAAUUAUGGCAUGACUAAACUGGGCUUUUAGUUUACAAAAACAACCCUACUCACCAGGAACAUUUUGUCCAAAAAUCUUAUAUUACCAGGUGUUUUCUAUACAUUGUUAAAGAUAGUAACUACAAUGAUCGAAUGUUUAGUCCAAGAAAAACUAUGUACAAGCAAUCUUCAUUUUACUUUCUUAAUCUAGGAAGACUAUCCUGAAACACGAAGAGCGGUAAAGAAGCUAAAAACAACCCAUGUCGAUUACAAACCAUCUGGUCAAUCAGAAGAAACAAAACCAUAUGUGCGAAAAGAACCAGAAGAAAAACCAGUACAAGUUACCUACCGUCGUGAUGACUUGACAUAUGGCAGAAUAGAGACGAGCAGAAAGCUUCCUUCAACCCAUAGACAAGACAAACCAGUGGCAGUUGACCGUAUUACCGUAGAAGAAAUCACAUUUCCAAGAAGAACAACUGUUACAUCAAAAGAGACACAUCAGGUAAAUUCCUUCAUAUCUAUAUACUACCUGGUAACAAUUUCAAGAAAUGGCAAAAUGGUACAGAGCAAUUUCUGAAAGCUCAAAUAAGCAUUCUCGACAGAAUUUUAGGUGAUCACCUUUUCUGCAACGACCUACCUAAGUCAACCUAAAUCUUGAAAAAAAAGUAUGCCUACAAAGUAUGCCUCUUGCCUUAAAUGAAUCAUAAUAUUUAUCUCCCGCUAAACCUGUAUAUUUACACUUUCUCUAGCGUCAACAAGGACUGAAACGGAAGAAGGACACUAUUGAGGUGAAAUAUGAAAGACCAGCAAAGGAGGUGACAAAAGUAAGAAGACAAACAACCGAGAAGACCGACAUUGGAAGAUUUGUGAUUGAUGAAACGGUAAAGCCAAAGAAGAAAGCGAGACGUGAACCACAUGUUGGGCGGAUUGAGGACAUCAACGUGGAGGAAACACCGAAACAGAACGGAGAUUAUCCUUUAGAACCCCACAUUGGAAGUUUUCUUGUGAAAAGUACGCCCAUUGAUGAAGAGCCUUGUGAGGUGAGCUUCUAUAUUAAAUAAUUCUGGUCAGGCAGUGCUUUUAUCAUUAAAUAAUAUGGUUUAAUUUCCACACUAUUCUCUCAGUAAUACUAUUAGCCUAUAUUCAAAUGUAAUGAAAAAUGGAGGUAAUCAACGUAUGAUACCUAAAAUGAGUUGAAAAACAAAUGUAUAAAAAUUUAACAUUAAAGUAGCAGUUAAAUUCAAUGGAUGGUAGAUUAAGUGAGGCCGGUUACUGUUGCUGGUGUAAGAUAAAAAACUAAAAAAUCAUGUUACUAAAUGAUUAUAUAUUUCUAUUCUUACACCACCACAACAUUACUCUUAGGCGAACGGAAGGGAACAAAUUAGGGAGCAGAGCAAUAUUUGCCCGACCUUGGUGGAUAUUGCCCGACGAAUUAAAUUUUUUGUCCCUUCCCCCCCCCCCCCUCCCCCCCGACCUCCUAUGAGGUCAUUACUUCUUCUAUCCUUGUGACAAGAAUAUGAUUAAACAGCUCAACAUACCAUUUUAGCAAUCAUAUCAAGUUGUAAUUCUCCGUCCUUCACGUUUUUCAUAAUCUUGAGAUUCUCGUUUCUGUAAGAAAGAAGAGUCACAUGACUGUUCGUGGCAUGAUUCCUUAACCAUCUACCUUGAGUUCAUUCAUUGCGACAGACUGUCUCUUUGGAUGAACUCAAGGCUCAUGCAGACAGAAGAUGCGCAGCUAAAUACGAUUGGCGGGAUAUAACUCAUAUGUAUAACCAAGCACACUAAAACAUGAAAAUAGUAUAGAUAUAACACUUUAAAUUAUUGAUAUAUAUGAUCAAAAACACUAAAACUAAAUUUGAAGCAUUAAAUCAAUUUAAGGUGCGUAGAGAAGGAAAGCCUAAACAAGAAAGAGUUGGGAGAAGACAACUACACGCUGAGGACACAAAGUCAGCUAGAGCACAAGUUACUACGGAAAAAGUAACUGUGAGCAGACGCGAUGUCACCAAACUAGAACAAAUGACAGAAAGAGAAUUCCCAAAACAAGAUAUAGGACGCAUUGUGAUUGAAGAGAUCCCGGAGAGAAAAGUUGAAUCAAAACGUGAGACACCUCGGAGAGAAGUCGUAAGAAAGAGAGAACCCGAAAUAGUGGCGACAAGACACGAAGUGGUUCCACGAGAGUACGUGAAAGAAGAGGUAAUCAAAGUACGUCAAAGUGAUUUUACACCUGUGACCGGAAAGGAUAUAAUACAACGAAUUGACAGAGUUGAUGGUAAAGAGCAGGUGGGUAGUGUGGAACGAAACCCAGAUUAAAUGAAAUCGCAUCCGAAAUUACCCACAUAGCGAGACAUAUUCCAUGUAGUAAUGUCAUUUGAAAACUUUUACAAUUUCUUUCUUACGUGUCAGGCAGAGUAAGAAUUUGAAAAACCCCGUGGAAAACACUCGAUAGGACUUACUUAAACAUCCAAACCCACUACAGAUUUUCUGAGUACUCUAACAUGAGAUCGUGAUAAAUUGGAGUGAGUCUUGCCAAGAUGAAUUAUUUCCUGACAAUGACAUAAUUAUAUAUUUACACCAAAAACAAACUCUAAAAUUUUAAAAACGAAAAAAAAAUUAUUGAAAAGUUUUACAAUCAUGGAUCAUCAUGGCCAGAAAUCCCGGACAUAAUUUAUUCUAAUUCCAUAAAACUUUACAUAUCACUUUGAAAUAUGCAUGCUUUAACUAUAAACAGUAGAUUGUACAACGCGAUGAGGUAAAUCGCAAAAUCUAAGAAUAUGGUAGAUCGUUUGCAACUUGCCGAAAUCGCUGGUGCUAAAUCGAAGUUUGUCGAUGUAUCUAGUAGAAUAAAUUAUGUCCGUGAUUUCUGGCCAUGAAAAGUAUUUCAUACAUUUUAAAAUUAAACUAUCCAUGGUAUAACCUAUCUAAUUGAUCUGAAUGUUCUGUUCAAUUGAAUAUACUUCCUUUAUCUAAACUCAUUGGAACAUAACUUUUUUUCUUUUUAAUUUGAUUUUCAGGUUGAACAAAGAAAAACUGAAACCAAAGUAACAAGACACGAUACAAAAGAAACUUCAAAACAUAAAGUCAAAGACGAAACAAUAAAUGUUGGCAAAAUACAUGUAGAAGAGUUCGAGUUGGCUCCCGAAGAAUCAGAAAAAGUGGAUGAAAGAGUGACAAAGUAUAAAGAAAGAGUGGAAAGUUCUCGCAAGGUAUUGUAGAAGGUCUUAAUCUUUGUAAGUAGUUGACUGUAUUAUAAUUUAAAUCGGUAGUUGGAGACAAAUUAAAGGUAGGUAAACAUGUUUAUGUGCUGUGAGUUGAGGUAAGGAUGAAAUAUCCGUUUCUCAAACCACAGCACGUGAAUUACUCACGUUAUAUAACAAUGAACUUGAAAUGUUGGAAUCACACUUAUCGUUAUGUAAGCUGUGUAAAGGGAGUGCUAUUCUUUUACACGAGAUUGCUUAAUGCCCCCCCCCCCCCUUCUCCAUCAUUGUUUUUUUUUCGUGAUCAUUCCCAUACAAUCUUUACAAUCAAAUAAUCCUAAAGUAGAGGAAUACGCCUAUGUACAGGUCUAAUAUAUCUGCACAAUUGGUAAUGGUCUUAUGGAUUACUGGGAUCACCGUGCACUUUCUGUAAAUCUAUAAAUUAUCAGGUAAAAGAGAGUGUUCAUUUACCAGUGUUGUGGUCUUACAGGUAAUAUAAAAUGAAACAUAAAGAGAUAAUGGCUUGAACUUGAAUUUAGAGUUAGUAAAAUUUCAUGACAUUGUCUGCAUAAAAAUAACGAUUCAAUAAAAAAUGCAUGUUAUACUUGCUACAGAAUUCUGCUUUUUCUAUUUUUUCUGACAUGUCUUAAGAAAUGAAAGAUCAAAUCAUAUUUACUAUAGUCUACGGUAGGUAUAUACAACCAUGAUAAAUGUGUAAACAGUUGAAUGAAUAGUUUUCUUUCACACUGGCACUAUGAUUGCACCUCAAACUGCACCAUGGAUCAGCGCACUAAUAAUUGAAGAUACUACUUUGGUAGUGCGCAAGUCAAGAUGAUGAUAUCAAAGUUAGCAAACUAGAUGUGCUUGCAAGGGAGAAAACCUCGAUUGAUUCAUGCAUCGUGGAAGAAAUAGUUACAGAGUUCAUACAUGAAGUGGAUGGACCAAGAAAGGUAGGCUUGGUUACAUAAAAUCUUUUAGACUACGUUCACAUUACGCCAGAGCGAAAUAAUAACGCUACGUUUUACGUCUGUUCACACUAAGCCGUUAGAGUUUCGGUACGGAUUCCCAAAACGAGCUCAAAUAGUAAAAAAAUUAAAAUAGUAAUUAAAAUAUAAUAAAAAAAUAAUAAUCAAAAUAUAAUAAAAAUACGAUAAAGUAAUAUGGAGCCACCAAGCGCUCCGUUUUCAUUUCGUUUCGUAUUAGACACCAUACUGAAAUUAUUAAUCAAAAGUGACGUUUUCAAACUAUUCCGCGCCCUUUUCAAACCGCCAACGUAGUGUAAACUUAGUCUCAGUUGCAUAGAAUACAAGAAAGUACUUUUUAGCGGUCCAGUAUCCAUGAAAGUAAAGAAAUCCCAAUCUGAUUGGCUAAAUGAAAAUAAGCCAAUCACAAUCAGAGCGGGCCAGUCUUUUUCAUCCGGUCAAUCUUUUGUCAUCCAGUUUUUUCAAGCCGAAAAAUCUACGCAUUUUAUUUACAUGCGCACGUAUCUUAAAGUGAAAAAAAAUCACAAUUUAAACUGAUAUCAUAGAGGAAAAAACUUGAAAUCGUGAAAAAGGUUUAACGGUAGAGGUGUGCAAAUCCGAUCCGAAACCAAUCCGAAUCCGAUCCGAUUUCGGAACCAAAAUAUUCAUUUCGGAUCGGAUCAAAAUUCUUCGGAUCGGAUUGGAAUUCUUUAUCAAAACUCGGAUCGGAUUCGGAUUAGACAAUUUCGGAUCGGAUUUUAAACAUUAGACAAUUGUCGGAUUAUAAACGUCCAAUCCGGUCCGAUGCACACCUCUAUUUAACUGCCAUGUAAACAUAAUUUCCCUACCAUUUAUGUAAUGAAUUUGUAAUAAGUAUUGUAUACAACAGAACCGCGUCCUUCGGGCUCAGGCCGUUUUCAAAACCUCAGGCACAGUUCUUUUUUAAACAAUAUGAAUUGGUUAUUUUAGGAAGAAGUGGAUAGUAUAUCAGACGAGCUAGAAUGGCUAGAUAAUCUUGACGCCAGAUACACCCAGUUUGACAAACUUCAACCACAGACAAAACAAAGUCGUGACAAUAUCACGUCCAUCGAUCAACCAGAUACCACCCAAACUAUUACGGUUAACAGGAACACAGUUCGCACGAAACAAAAAACCAACAAUCUGCGAGAAGUUGACAUUGACUGUAUCAUAAUCCAGGAAACACCUGAGGAACAAAGACAACCGAAACCCAUAUCACGACGACCAGAAAACGGUAAAACAGAAAAUACAGAUACACCAAUAACGACCUAUAGAAUGAACGGAAAUUCGAAACAAGGUGUGAAAGAAAAUACAUUGAGAGUGGGAAAACUUGAUGUGACAAAGAUCGAAGAAAGGAACAAAGAAUUUCAAAUAAUGGAAGAAGAAAGUCGAAUGUACCAAGCGAAAAAGGUAUUAUUUUAAUACUAGUCAAUUCAUUAAAACAUAUUUUUACAUGGCGAUUGCAUGCACUUGACCCACCUUUAGUCAGGCAUGUGAUGGUCGUAAUGAGAUGUCCCCUGGGCAUUCCUUUUGGUCCAUUGGAUGUAAUACAUAUAAUUUCUGAGUAGAAUCUACUCCAACGUAAAUAACGCAUUAGAAAGCAACUUUAUUCAUAGGCAUUUGAUUUGAAUUGCCCUUGAAUGGCUUGAGUUUGGUAAUAAUGUAUACUGACUAUUAAACCAAUCGGAUCUGUACGCUUUGUCUACGUUAUUAUUUUGAAUGAAUCUACUAUACUGUACUUACGAUUCUCCAGUUGGAAUAAUCAUUGAGGUUGAGGCGCGGGCAGCGAAAAUUAGGGAGACGAGGAGCAGGAAAGGGAAAAAACGCGGUCAAAAACGCAGGCUAAAUCAUAAACGUCUCUUAAGCAGCAGACGCCCUGGCCAUUGGAAUGUAAUUUAAACCAACAAAUGGGCCGGGCAAAUAAACGUCUAUAGACAUCAUUUUUGUCCAUACUUGAAACCAAUGGCAAUUUGAUGACUAUAAGACAUCCUUUUUGUUGAUUGCAUCAAUGGAAAAAGUUAAUGUGUAGAGUAUUAAAUAAAAUAGUGACAUAAAAUCAACCGAAGAAAUUUCGUUUAUGCUGUAGGAGCAGACAAUGAAAAAGUUCACAAAGAGAAGAAAUGAAAGUAGAAUAACGAAAGAACUAAAACGGCAUACGUUUUCUAAAGAUAAUGAAGUGGGCGAAAUCUUGGUGAACAACGUAUCCACAAAACCAGAAAAAGAGGACUCCACAAAUUACAAAGGAACUCCAACCGUUGAUGGCGAAAUAAAAUGCAGCAUCGAUGUGGAACAAUUUGUUUCAAUGCCGGAUGUUAAACAAAAGGUACUUGGUCUAAAUAGACUGUAUGUCUGGUACAUAAUUGGCUACCUCCUAAAUAACUAGUAUAGUUAGUUUAAAAAUACAAUUCGUAGGUGGACGUUUUCUUCAUAUUUUACAUGUCACUACAUCCUUUAACAAAAAUAUCAUGUUGUUGACCACUAUCUACACACAGACCUUUCUCAUAAUGACGUCAAACGCGGAAAACCGAUUUAUGCGAUGUCCCACAAGUUGGCGAGCUAGUAAAUUUCAUAAAAACGUCAUUUCGAAUUGUCGCUAAAUAUUAAUGUCCCUUGGAACAUUGCAUUAAAUUUUUUCCGCGUUUGACGUCAUUAUAAGAAAGGUCUAUAUUUGCAACUUUGAAAACUCGCACAAAGUCAUCUACAGUCAAACAAAAGAAACUGAACAUGGCCAGAAAUCACGGACAUGAUUUAUUCUACUUACUUCAUAAUUUGCAUAUCACGUUGAAAUAUGGUUUCUGCAGUAACUAACAGUAAAUUAUAUUACGCGAUGCUGUAAAUUUCAAAAUCAGAGAAUAUGGUAGGUCGUUUGCAACUUGACUCAGUCGCUGGCUAUAAAUCAAAGUCUGUCGAAGUAUUUAGCGUAAUGUUGACUUGAUUCUAGUUAGUGACCAUUCUGCAUUUUCAGUAUUAAUUGUACAGAGGUUAGUUUGGACGGAAUUUGUCUAUUUAGCCCUAUAUAAUAAUACCGCACUAUAGCCACUAGAAACAAACGAAAAUGCAGAAUAGGCAGUAACUUACACCAGGCAAACAGUACACGAUAUAUUUCAACAGAACGUGUUCUGCAACCAGCAAUCGAGGCAAAUUGCAAACGACUACCAAUAUUCUCUGAUUUUGCGAUUUAAAGCAUCACGUAAUAUAAUUUACUGUCUACUACCGAAGCCAUAUUUCAACGGGUUAUGUAUUAAUGAUAUGCAAAUUAGUAAGGAAGUAGAAUAAUCAUGUCCGUGAUUUCUGGCCAUGAAUCUGAAAAACUUGCAAAUACCUACUUGGAUGCCCUCUCAUUUGCUUUGAUCACUAACUUUUCAUCUAUUUAAAUAAACUAUCGCAAAGGCAUUCUUUUAAAUGAAUCUAUUGCCUUUUUAGGAAGGAGUGAAUACAAUGUCAGGUGAAUUAGAAUGGAUAGAUCACCUUGACUCCAGGUACACCGAAUUUCAAAAACUUCUCCAACAAGCAAAACAGAGUCCUGACAACAUCUCGACUAAUGAUCAAGCAAACACCACCCAGACUAUUAUGGUCAACAGGAAUAUAAUUCGAGAGACAGAAAAGACCAGAAAUCUACGAGAAGUUAACAUUGAUCGUAUCAUAAUCCAGGAAACUCCACAAGAACAAAGACAGUCGAAAACCACAUUGCGUAGAAUAGAAAACGACAUCACCGGAAAUACAAAGAAAUCAGUAACAAACUGCAAAAUCAACGGAGAUUGGAGAGAAAGUGUGAAAGAAAACACAUUCAGAGUGGGAAAACUUGAUGUGACGAAGAUCGAACAAAGAAGCAAAGAAUUUCAAAUAAUGGAAGAAAAAAAUCGAAUGUAUAAGAAGAACAAGGUAUUGUCAUUUUCGUCAAAGCUGAUGCCGACAUUUAGUUGUCAUUAAUUGAACAACUGGGGUCGGUUGGUCAAAAGCCAAUUAACAUAACCCAAGUUUAGCCUAAAAUUCAAAGCAAUACCUUGUUUAUAAAUUUCGAAAUAUUUCCUCAGAAAUCGUGUCUGGAUCAGUGGAAGUUUUUUUCUCCAAAGUUUUGAAAUAAACAGACGUGCAGAAAUACAUAACUAAAACAGCAAAAAUGUCCAUAUACAGUAGGUAUGGAAUGGUCUUUUAGGCGUAUUACGGGACAAAUCUAAAUCUAUUGAAUACGUCUUUCCUGUUCUGCCACGUGAUCUACAGAACAAUAAAAAGCAUAAACACGGGAGGAUUUUGGGUCCAUUAAACUAUCAAAUGUCCAUUAAUUAAUUUAAAUGGGUCUGUGACCGUCGUACUAACUAAACAAAAUUAGACAUGAUUGCUAAAUUGAAGAAAUUUGAUUUAUAGGAGCGGAGUGUGAAGACCACAGAUCAACUUAGAACUGGAACAGAAAAGAUAAAACCAGUGAAAUUAGAUACACAAGUUGAAGGAGAGUCAUCUUCAAUAUACAACGAGAAACCGAAGAUUUACAGGACUAAUGAUGGAGGUGUAGAAAUCAAGGUUAAGAUAAUAAAUACCGAGUUGACUGAUGUUGAAUCAAAAUUGUUUGAAAAGAGAUAUUUCAUUCCAAUUGAACGAGCAGAAAGUCCCAGAAAGGUAUGUGCAAAAUAAGUCGGUCGAUCGAUGUUGGAUGUGAAGGGAAAGCUUCUAUUUUCUAGCUAGUGUGCUAAGAUAAACUGAGCGAGUAUCUCUGCACCCUUGUUCAAAUUGUAACCACUUAUCAAAUGUUCUAAUUAUAAUACUGAGUUGUGUCUAAUAAUUACAACAGUAUGUAAGACUAUAAAAUGAUUCUAGAUCAUUCAAUAUCUUUUUCGUGAUAAAUUAUAAUGAAUUCUCUUAUUUCCAUUAAUUACGAAAAUCGAAUUGCUAUAAAAAGCUGCGUGUGCGUCUAAAUGGAGAGGGUGUUUGAACGAGUCGUCAAAUUAACGAUAUAACUGUGAGGUUUGUCUGCAUGCGUCGCUCUUUAUGUGGUCUCCAGUUUCAAAAUUUCGGAGAAGAAAACUCCUAUCGAUCCAGACAAGAUCUAUGAAGAAAUGUUUCCAAAUGUAUAGACAAGCUGUCAGCAAGUUCGCUUUGAAUUUUAGGUUAACCUAGGGUUAAGCUAAUCCAGCUUUGAACAACUGGCCCCUGAACGUUAUUUAUUCAAAUUGAAGUAAUAAGUGGUAUACCUGUAGGAUUGCGGGAGACUUUUUUGUAUAUUUGUCUAUUACAGCCUCCAAACCAAUACUGUAGUUCUACUGAAUACAAUAAAUGUAAUUUUGAUGUAUCCUCCUGCAAUCCUGGUUGUCUUCGCCACUUUUCCAUGCCAUUCGUGAAAAAUAGACAUAUUCAUGUAUUAAACAUAUUAAAAAUGAAAGAAAAUGCAGAAAGGGAAAGGAAAGGUUACAACUAAAUAAAGUACUGUACUUUAAUAAAAUGAGAAAAGGAUACUUUAAGCUUGAUAACAUUUUAUUCUCAACACUUCGACUACAUUUAGUUCGCAAUAAAUCGUUGCUAAAUUUGAAAACACACUCAGGCAAAAUGUUAUUACUUGAGUAUCCGUUGUUUUGUCUUUUAUUAAAGGAAUAUGUAAGUUGACUUACAUUAUACAAUUUUACCGACAUUUUUGAAAUACGCAAUACUCAUAAUGAAUAUCGAUAUGCGUCAUCCUUUUGUAGACACUGAAAAUUUCUCGAGCUCAAAUUUUGUGAACCAGGGGGUGUGUCUUUUCCAACAAACUAAAAAUGGCUUCCGCACAAAAUUUAAAGGCUUUAAUCAUAUUUUGAGUUAAUAGAUGGAAAAUGUGUUGGGUUUGUAAUUACUGUACAAAAUUUCAAACAAUUUGCUUUAGUUUAAGCCCUUUAACUAUUCACGCAAACGUUCAUUUUUUCCUAAAAAUCAGCUAUUUGCAUGCUUAAUUAAUGCCUUUACCUAAUUUGCAUAUGUCAGCAAUAUGCAAAUUAGGUAAAGGCAUUAAUUAAGCAUGCGAAAGGCUGAUUUUUUAGGAAAAAAUGAAUAGAUAAAGGGCUUAAACUAAAGCAAAUUGUCUGAAAUUUAGUACAGUAAUUAAAAGCUCAACACAUUUUCUAUCUAUUAACUCAAAAUAUGACUAAAUCGUUUAAAUUUCGUGAGCAAGCCAUUUUUAGUUUGUUGGAAAAGAUACCCCUCCCCCCUGGUUCACAAAAUUUGAGUUCGAGAAUUAUUAUUUUACAUUAUAAGUACCCAAAGAAGCUAUAUACACAAACAAAUCGGAUACUAAUAGCUGUUUUGCGAAAUUGAGAGCAAUUUCAAAUUUGUUAAGUUUUUUUAUACACCCUGUAUAUCCAGUAAAAAGUAAAUUGGUAUAUUGUUGUCAUUUCGUUUCCUAGCCAACGACAGUUGUCAGCAUUAGUUCGCCUUGGCCAUAUCUCAGGCAGUGCAAAACUAAUGCAGGUAUUUUCAUUUCAAGUAAGUGCGACGGCAGCAAAAUAAAUUUAAACUACAGAAGCUCCCGCCUUUUUUGUUUGGAAAUAAUGUAUUCUGUGUACAUUUUCUCAGCUUUUCUUUAUUUUCAUUGUUUGUGAUAUUAGUUAACAAUUGGCUAAUAACCAAAAUAAAUUCAAGUUUGUAUACUGUAUACCAUUAAAUUAACCAUAAACACUUCCAUCAGAAGUCAACCCUACAUCAGGUCCAAGUGUCUCAAAACGGAUUUGAAUUUACUUAUAAAUUCAGCUAUAUCAAACCAGCCAGCCGACCAACAUUUCAAGUUCAUCUACGUUUUAUUUCAGAGAUGAAAAAUAAAUUAUUUGGUCAAAUUUUUAUUGUAACUGUAUUUAUUAUUUUUUAGACUAAAAGGCAUGAAACAUCAAGACAACAAAAGAUUGGUCGUAUCGAUUUUAUAGAACUGAGCGAAGAACAACCAGUGAAACCAAGGUAUACGAAAAAUAUUGAUAUUGGACGUAUUAUAAUUGAAGAGAUUCCUGAGGAAAAACAAGAAAUUCCAAAACGUGAAAUGUUAAGAAAAGAACAAGUGAGACCGAAGAGUACUGAGGUGACAGUCACACAACGCGAAGUUGAAGAUCUUCCACAGAAACCAAAGUAUUCCAAAGAUCUUGAUAUUGGACGUAUAGUAAUUGAAGAAAUUCCAGAAGAAAUUAAAGACUUGCCAAAAGUUCACAGGAUAGAGAAAGAUGCAACAAAGAGUACCGAAGUCACACUUACAAGGCACGAGGUUGAAGACAUUUCGACUGUGAAAGAAGGCAUCCUCAAACUUGGUAAACUUGAUGUAACUUGUCUCGAACAACACGUCUUAGAAUCUACAAACGUAGGAGAAAGAACUAAUGCAGAUAGCACCCAAAAGGUAAUCAUAGAACACGUUUGAUAGUAGCUUUCAAUGGUGACAAUUGUGAAAAUAAAAUCUUUAAAAUGAGCUGAGUUUGUAUCUUAAAUCUUUGGAAAGGAUUCAAAAACAAGGAUUGAGAGAAAGUCCUUCAAAGACUUCAUGCGACUAACGUCGACGGGUUUCCAAUAAUUUUCAGGUAGUUCAGUGACAAACCGCGGUUGCUUAGUUAGAAGAUUACCUAGAAGGACCCUACAUACGAGUCUUCAGAAUAUAUAAGUUUUUACCAAACCAUUCCAACCCACUUAAUUUCUAUAUACCGUUUUUUUUCCUUUCAGAAGAGUGUAGAAGAACUGAAGACCUUUGAUCGACCCAUCGUUCCAGAAACAAGACCAGCUACUGACAAUGGCAUACAAAUCUCCAAGAAACAUGCGACAGAGACGGUAGCGGUAACUAAAACAGAAAUUGGACCCAUUGAGCCACCAAGAUAUCGCAAGAAGAUCGAUAUUGGACUCAUUGUGAUUGAGGAAAGUCUUGAGGAAAAGGAGAUCACUAAAUGUAAAGUUCAGACAUGGGAAGAAAAAGUCAGACCAAAGAGUACGGAGAUGAUGGUCACACAACAUGAAGUUAAAGAACAAGAGAAAGAGAGGCCGAGAUACUUUCCAGAUCUUGAUGUUGGUCGUAUUGUAAUUGAAGAAAUUCCAGAAGAAAAGAAAGAGAAACGACGAGUUUCAAAGAAAGAAGAAGUCAAACCAAGAAGUAUGGAAGUCAUUUUAACAAGUCAACGGUUCGAUGAGUUUCCAGGUAAAAGUAUCAAACAAGACGUGGUAAAAGUGGGAAAACUUGACGUGGCUGAUGUUGAAAAACACUCCGUGGAAUAUAAAACUGUCAAAGAAAGAACAAGAAGGUAUAAAGACUGGACACACAAGAAGCAGGAACCCGAAGAGAAACUACUUAUUUCUAUUGAUGACGUUAGUAAAACAGACGAACCAGAGAAGCCAAGACAUCCCAAAGAUCUCGAUGUUGGACGUAUUGCAAUUGAAGAAAUUACCCACGAAAUGAAAGAAAUACCAAGUGUUCCAGAGAAAGAAAGACCGAAAAGUGUCGAAAUCACUUUGACAGCCAAGCAAGUAAAAGACCAAGUAAAAGAUCGAUCAAAGAUCACGUCGCCAAUCAAAGCUGGUAAAAUUGACGUAUGCAAUCUAGAAAAACAAUUUGUCAACUCAGAGACUGUUAAAGAAAGAAUAAGGAGUUGUACACAGAAGAAACCAGUUUAUGCAACCAUAGAGACAACUACAAAAUGUGAACUUAAAAGGAUAGGAGAACCAGGAAAACCACGAUAUCCCAACGAUCUUGAUAUUGGACGUAUUGUGAUUGAAGAAAUUCCUGACGAAAAAGAAGUUCAUAAACGUAAUGUUUUAAGAAAAAAACACCUGGAACCAAACACUACAGAGGUGGCAGUUACGAAACAUGAAGCUAAAGAACAGAGAGAAGUUAGGCCGAGAUAUUCUAAAGAUCUUAAUAUCGCACGUAUUGUAAUUGACGAAAUUCCUGAAGAAAAGAAAACGAUACCGCGAGCUCCAAAGAAAGAAAAAACCAGACCGAAAAGUAUUGAGGACACUUUAACUGAUCAAGAGGUGAAAGAAAUUCCAAGUGAACGUACUAAAGAAAAUGUCAUCAACGUGGGGAAACUUGAUGUAACUGAUUAUGAAAAACAAAUCGACCAAUCUAGAACUGUUCAAGAAAGAACUAGGAUUUAUAAAGACUGGACACACCAACACGAGACGAAAGCGCAAGCCAAAAUUGCUACUGAAGAUGUAAAAAGAACAGAAAAACUAGAAAAACCAAGAUACUCCAAAGAUCUCAAUGUUGGACGUAUUGUAAUCGAAGAUAUUACCAAAGAUAAGGAAGAAAUGCCAAGAGUUCCUAUAAAGAAAAAAAAAAUCAGACCAAAAAGUAUAGAGGUUACUGAAACAGGGAAAGACUUUGAAGAGAUUCCAGGUGAUUAUGUCAAGGAAGAUGCUGUUGAGGUGGGGAAACUUGAUGUAACUGAUUUUGAACAACAAGAAGAGAGACCGAGAUAUCUUAAAGAUCUUGAUGUAGGGCGUAUUGUAAUUGACGAAAUUCCUGAAGUAAAGGAGAUACCACGAGUUCCAAAAAGAGAAAACGUCAGACCGAAAAGUAUCGAGGUCACUUUAUCAGGUCAAGAGUAUGAAGAGAUUCCAGGUGAAUAUAUAACAGAUGCUGGCAAAGUGGAAAAACUUGAUGUGACUGGUUUUGAAAAAGAAUUCGUGGAAUCUACAACUGUCAAAGAAAGAAUUAGAAAUUAUAAAGACAAGACGCAUAAACCUAAAACUGUGGAGAAAGUAACAAUCACUUAUGAUGUAGUGGAACAAACAAAAGAACCGGAAAAGCCAAGAUACUUUAAAGAUCUCGACAUCGGCCGUAUUGUCAUUGAAGAAAUUCCCGAAGAAAAAGAGGUAAGAAAAGGACAUGUCAAACCCAGGAAUACCGAGGUGACAUUUAAACAAUAUGAAGCUGAAGAGCAUCCCGUGACGUAUAUUACAGAAAAUGUUAUCAAAGUUGGUAAAUUGGAUCUACCACAUUUGGUAAAGGAAACAGUAGGGACUGAAACUGUUGAAGAAAGAAUACAAAUUUAUAAAGACACAGUUGAUGGAAUUCCAAAGGUAUUCUUCUUGUUUUCAAGUGUGAUAGAAUUGGUCUAAACAGUGUUUUUUUUUAUUUAGUACAUAUAUCUAUCUAUUCAAUAUUUUAGUUCAAUUACGCAUCGGUGUGAUAAAAAUGUGACCAAAUAUAUGAAAAGAAACACAUUGGCUUUCUUUUGUUGACGUGUCAAAUAUUGAAAAUCCUGCUUGUCGUUCCGUUAAAAAUUUGUUAUGUUGUGCAAUUUUAUAGUCUAAGAAAGAAGAAAAAGAAGCUGGUCGUAUUACUAUGAAACCAUAAUAUACAGAGGAUUGAAUUUACUGGGCCCAAAUACUCGAUGAUUUUUUAACUUGAAUUUCAUUUCACAGUCCGAAUGAUUUCGAUAAUAAAUUUGGUUCACUUCUUUUAAAGUAGUCAUGGUACAACAACUACCUUAACAAUAACAACCUUAAUCCUCUAGCCAAACUUAAACCAGGAGCCUUAUUUGUACUUGUAUUUAAUUAGAUCCUUAGUUAGCUAAUGCUAGUUUACACAAGGUCUAUACUAUAAAAUUAAUUAGUAGUUGGUUAAUUAGUUCAAAAAAUUCAGGUCAACAUGUCUUAUACUAUUUACAAUAUAGAAAAGUUAUAGGAAUGUUUUACUAUACGAGCCAAGGCAUCUGUUUUCUAAUAGCGGAUUUGAAAUUUUCUUUGAAGGCAAUGUUUUUGGUUUCUAUGCUCAAGUUAUUCCAGAUUUCUAUUGCUCUAGUUAUGAACGCUCUACAACCUUAUUUCCAUCCGCCAAUUUAAACAUCCAGAAUUUUGUUUUUGCCAAUUUCUAAUUUAUUUUAUUCCAUUGAAGCAAACGUCUAUGCAAAAUCCUUCCAGUUCAGAAAUCCAUCUUCGUACACAACUAAAGUAUAUGUUGUAUUUCACAGCCGAGAUAUGAGAAAACUAAAGAAGAUAGAAUUGAUGAUUAUCGUCCACAAGGUGAAGAGUUUGACAAAGCCUAUACAUACGACUAUAAAUCUCGUACAGAUGACACUGAAGCAUCUCAGCAACAAGUCACCGCAGAGAAAAUAACUGUCAGCAGAAACGAUCUAACUUAUAUGGAAGAAACUGUCAAACCAAGAGAUCCCAAAGAUCUUGAUAUCGGACGUAUUGUGAUUGAAGAAAUUCCCGAAGAAAAAGAAGUGACAAAACGUGACGUUGUUAAGAGAGACGAAGUGAAGCCAAGACGUGAAGACAUGGAAACACGUUAUGAAGUUGAAAAAAUUGCCAGAAAACAAGUACAAGAAGAUAUGAUUAAUGUUGGUAGACUGGAUAUAACUGACUACGAGAAAACAGCAAAACAAUCUGAAGUUGAAGCAAGAAGCACUUACACUGAAAGACUUGGAAAAUAUCAAAAGGUAGCUUAAUUUUCGUUACAUUUGCACAUCAUGCUCGCUAGGUUUCGUUUUUCACGUACAGGUUAUUGGACCUUUCCGGUAAUUACGUCACAACUACACUGUUUUCAACUUAGGACCACCUUAAAUGGAAUAGAUUUCAAGUUUGUUUCUCACGGGCUAUGGUCAGAGAAGCAGAACAUCCUUCGUCAACACAUGCAUAAAAAAGAAUUAUGGAUUUUUACUAUUAAAUGUGGAAAUAAGCUUAAACACGAAAACGAGGUUGAGGGGCCAUGGUCCCUCUUGGCCCCUCAGCCUCGUUUUCGUGUUUAAGCUUAUUUCCACAUUUAUUGUUCAAAAUCAAAAAUUCCUUUGUAUGCAUGUGUUGAAGGAGGAUAUUCUGCUCCUCUGACCAUAGCCCGUGAGACACAAACUUAAAAUCCAUUCCCUUGAAUGACCUUACCUCUUACAAAGGAUUGGCACAUAACAGAAAACUAGAGGAGCAAUGUCUAAAUAUAAUUCUCAUACUUUCUACUGUAUAUAAUGAUUGUCGUAUUUAAGGCAAAGUUCCUUUCUUACUCUACCUGCAGGAAAAUACUACAGUACAAUGUCCAUUAUCUAUUACAAAUCUAGAAUGCAUAAUUUUCGUCUUCAUUAUUAGUUACGCAUGUCAAGAUUUUCUUCUAAACUGCAUAUUUCUAUUUUUCCACAUCUUUAGACAAUAAAAGAUGAAAAACUUGAAGAAGAAAGAACGAACCGUUACCGUCCACAAGGCGAAGAAUUUGACAAAGCCUAUACACACGACUAUAAACCUCGUACAGAUGACACUGAAAUAACAGACCAACAAGUAACUUCAGAGAAAAUAACCGUCAGGAGAGGAGAUGUAACUCUUCUGCAGGAAACUGAAAAACUAAAAUAUCCCAAAGAUCUUGAUAUAGGACGUAUUGUGAUUGAAGAAAUUCCUGAAGAGAAAGAAGAGAUCCCAAAACGUGAAAUUCUAAGGAAAGAACACGUCAGAUCAAAGCACGCUGAGGUGAAAGUCACACAACAUGAAGAACAGUCCAAGACGUGUGUCACAGAAAAUGUCAUCAAAGUUGGUAAACUGGAUGUAACGCAUUUGGAAAAGGAUACGGUGGAGGCUAAGACGGUUCAAGAAAGAAUCAAGACUUUCAGGGAUAAGGUGGAUGGAGAUCGUAAGGUAUUGAACUUGUUUGUUACAAAACAUGGAGACAUUGGUCUCAAAACAUGGAGAUAGUUGGUCUCACUUACUUUUAUUUCUGUCAGGCGGAAUUUCUAAUUUUAGGUUGUAACUAUCCAAAAUUACCAAGGUAUUACAAAUUUUAUUUGCAAGCAUAGUACAAAUUUACUUUUUCUUUAUAUGUGUUGUGAGAUUGCUUAAAGGACAAUGGCAACGAAAAUUUUUAUUGGCUAUUUCAACCCUACUUGACGACCUAACUAUGAAAAUAUUAUCAUUUCCUUCUCGAACAUUAUAGUCUACGAGUAAAAUGCAUGCGAACUUUGUGUUUCCCCACCAUCUUGGAAACAAUUUUUGAAAAAUUAUCUCGAAGGUCAAUGAAAUUUGUCACGUGAUUAGAUGGGUACCACCAAAACUACAAGAGAGAAUUAUAUUGCGUGCGUGUUAUGUUGGCUAAAAACACCGGAAAAAACACAAGUGGAAUCCACAAGAAUUGAAGAAAGAUCACUAACACAUGGAGAAAGGGAUGAAGGUUCUCGAAAGGUAAUUCAGUAUUUUUAGUUACACAUAUUAAGCAGUUAUUGGAUGAGGUUUUUGAAAUAUCCAGAAUUAUCAAGGUCGAGGUAAGUGUUAUCAGUUGAGCCGAAGGCGAGAUUGAUUACACUUACCGAGACCAUGAUAAUUCAGGACAUCACAAAAUCCGAGCUAUGAAAACGAUUUAAAAUAGAAAUAUUAAAAUCUCAUUUACCUACUAAAGUUUCGAUAAAAAUGUCAAAAAUGUCUGCUUUUUCCACAAAAAAUAUUCACGAAAACACCUUCGUUCAUGUUGUUUUUGUUGUUGUUAUUCGUGUAAUUAAAACUGCCGCUUGCUAGAAAAUUACAUACCGCGGGCUCAACCUACAUAACUCCGUUAUCUGCUAGCAAAUAACUAUGUUGGGUUGCGUGAUUUCCAUAUUUAGCUGUAACUCGAUCACCUGUAAUGUUAUUGGCCAAUCAGAAGACACGUUGCUUGUGAUGUUACUCUGAGUGUAUAUCCACACCGGGCAGGCUUGAAAAAUAUGCCUGGCCACGGUGGUAGUGACUAAAUUUAUAAUAAUUGCAAUCAUAGCACUAUAGGAACAUACGUACAUUGACCAACGAGGAGGACAUUAUUUUACGCGGAACAGAUUUUAAUUUCGUUUUCAUCUACCUAAGCAAUAUGUCAGCACAUAGUAUUCGUAAAACAUCGUUAAAAAUAGCCAGUUUGCUUAUUCAGUAUAUAAUAAAGUUUACAGGUUUAAUGCUACCAGGUAUAAUAUCAGACAUGUUUUCGCUUUGCUGAACAAAUUAUAUUCAAGGACAUUUUUUUCUUAAACAGAAUAGCGAAGCGAAAACAAGCUCGAUUUUUAUUAUUCAAAAAUCUUUGAAAACAUGCCAACCAUUAUUUUUUGUAGAAACGAAAAGAUGAAAAACCAGAGAGAGAAAGGCCGGUUCAUCUGGAUAUCGAUGAAGAUUUUGAUAAAACAUUUGAGAUAGCACCUCGCAAAGACGACGUUUCACGCCAGAAAAUAACCUCUGAGAAAAUUACUGUGAGCAGACGAAACAAAGGUGAAAUGGAGGAAACAGAAAAACCAAGAUAUCCCAAAUAUCUUGAUAUUGGACGAAUUGUAAUUGAGGAAACUCCAGAGGAAGAAGAGAUUCUAAAACGUAAAGUUUUAAGAAGAGAACAUGAAAGACCAAGGAGUACCGAGGUAACAGUCACACAACAUGGAGUUGAAGAGCACCGCAAAACGUAUGUUACAGAAGAUACCAUUAAAGUUGGUAAACUGGAUGUGUAACACAUUUGGAAAAGGAGAUGGUGGAGACUAAGACGGUACAAGAAAGAACAAAAGCGUAUAAUGAUAGAGUUGAUGGAGCUCAUAAGGUAUGGUUGAAAACGUCGUUAAACACAGCACAAUACAACAGUAACUCCAAAAACGGUAAACAUUUAAUUUUGAAAAGUAAUUUUAAAAAUAGUGCUUACAAAAAUGUUUACAAUUUUCGGAGUAACCGUUUUCGGAGUUACGGUUUUGUGUUGUAUUAAUUUAAAAUACUCAGUGGUUCCCGCAAUUUAUGGCAUGAACGUAGUUAGAUACGUUUGGUUUGAAGAAAUUAUAAUCAAACAAAAAUCAUAAUACGAUCAGCGCAAAGAAUUCUGAUCUGGAUGUUGGUGCGAGAGUGGAAUGCAAAAAAUACAAUUCGCGGCUUGGGUGUAUGAUGCAUCUACCUGGAAAAUGUGAAAAAACUUUGAAGUUUCUUCUUUUCUUAAGGUACAGUAGUUGCAACAUACAGUACAAGCAACCCAAAAAAUCUUCAGUGUACAGUGUACAGUGUAUGUAGUAGAUUGUCGCUGACCUAAAUAUACCUACGCAGAAAUCCAGAAAUAACUACUAAAUCUGUAAUAAUUGUAAGAACACGAAUAAAAAGAUGUACAUACUACAUUUCCAAUACUGAAUUACAAUUUUUACUGCUACAAAAUAGAGAAACACAUACAGUGCAGAGAUUCUUAUAAUUUCCUUCAACUUGCAUCAUUUCAAAGAAUUAGCAUGCAGUAUAAAACUAAACUCAGUAUAAUAUAUCAUUAUCUAGCCACAUAGACAACGAAAACCAAAAAAUAAAGCUUUGGAACCUAUAUAGUUAUGUCGAUGAUACUCAUUACACAACGACAAGGCGGGGAAAAAACAAACUGCGUUUGGAUGAAACAAAGGUGUCCGGAAGAGAAGUAAAACAGAGCAAAUAACAGUAAUGAAAAGUGACACAACAAGGACUGAGCAACCAGAACAACAAAUAUAUGCAAAAGAACACGACAUUGGUCGUAUCGUGAUUGAAGAAAUUCCUGAGAUGAGCCACGAAAAAACCUAGAAUAUCCAAGUGAACCUAAAUCUACCAAAGUAACGGUUACGAGAGAACAUAUUACGGAUACAGCAAGAGCUCCACAAAAAAAAAUGCGACAAACGUUGGAAAAUUCAAUCUUUACAAAGUGGAAACACGACUAGACUUGCUCCAAGUCUCUCUUUCAUUGUCAUAUCGAUCCACUAUAGUGUACAUUACAUGACGUAGCACGGAGAGGCGUAGCGAGAAAGAGAGACUUGUCAACUUCGGAAAAUCUCGGUUCAAAACUGAACCGAAAAUGCAAGACUUGCUUUAAUUGUUUUCCUUCAAUUUCUUUCUGUAUUAUUUACUAUAAUGGAACUCGUGUUAUUUACAUGUGCUAGAUCAAUACAUAUAAACACUGGCAGAAAACAAUUGAAGCAAGUCUUGCAUUUUCGGUUCAGUUUUGAACCGAGAUUUUCAAGUUGACAAGUCUCUCUUUCUCGCUCCGCCCCUCCGUACUACGUCAUGUAAUGUACACUAUACUGGACCGAUACUAUAUGACAAUGAAAGAGAGACUUGGAGCAAGUCUAAAACACGACAGGAGGAAUCUAGUAAAAUAGCAGAAAGACCUUUCAAAAAAAACAGAAAGAGUAGAACGCCCUCGAAAGGCAUGUGUAAAAUAUUUCCAUGCAUCGGUGGAGACGAGCCAUCAGACAUUUAGAACGACCAAACAAUACAAAUCAAUAUAUUGCAUUUUUAAUAUCCUACAGGAAAGCAAUAGCUCUCUAUUUCACAUUUUGAUCAUCCCACCAUAUGCCGAUUCCAACAUUUCAAGUAAAACAUAGGAAGAGUUAGAUAAAGUUAUCUCAAUACGAGUCUUAUAAUGCUUCCAAAUCUCUUCGUAGGUGAGAAAAGAUUUCAAGCAGGAGGAAAGAACCGUAGUUCAAUGUGAAGACACUGAUGUAGAUUUUGACAAGUUCUCAGAGACCAAGCCACGCCCAGAUGCAAUUCCUCGCGAAAAAGUAACAACGGAAAAGGUUACCGUAAGAAGACGAGAUAUCAUAUCACGCGAAGAACAACAAAAACCACAAUUUCGCAAAGAUCUUGACAUUGGAUGCAUUGUGAUUGAAGAAACUCCUGAAGACAAACGAAAUAUUCCACGGCGUGAUAUUGCUCAAAGAAAACCAAUCAUGCCAAACAGACUCGAUCUGCCAAUAAACCAACGUGAAGUUAGAGAACGUCCAAAGAAGUAUAUCAAAGGGGAUGUUAUUAAACUUGGUAAACUUGACACAACCAAUCUUGAUCGAGUAACUGAAAAAUCUCGACGAGCGGACGAAAAAUUAAAAACACAAAAAGGAACCAUCGAUGAAACAAAGGUAAGACUCUAUUAGAUAUCAUUUCUCGGUGGUGUAUGUAUGAACCCUUCCUUCGCCUUUCACAAUCGCAACAGAUUAAUUUCAUCGUUAAGAUUCCACCUUCAACCUAGAAAGUGAUCUAUAACAUAAAUCCAGCGCUAACUCAAAACUGCUACAAAGUCAUUAAGGACAAUAAUUCCAAUAUUAGAGAGAACGUUGGGUAUUAUAGGAAUCAAGUUAUGAACAUUAACGGUGAUUUGACAGUCUACAGCGGUUUUUUGCGGAAGACCUUAUUUAAGUAUGUAUGCAACACAAAUCUACAAAGCCAGCGGAAUUUUAUAAUUUGGACACGCAAAAUUUUUUAGUCAUAUUCUGCUUUUUUUUACCCUUCCACGCACACUAAGAUUUAUCUUCCAGAGAAGUAAUAAAUUAAUUGCCGCACAAUUCAAUGCCACUUACAUUAACUAAAGUACGUCUCCUAUUCAACAGUGGAAAAAAGACAAACCAAAAAAAGACAGGAUUGACCAUUAUCGUCCACAAGGUGAAGAAUUUGACAAAGCCUAUACAUACGAUUAUAAAUCUCGCACAGAUGACACUGAAGUAUCUCAGCAACGAGUGGCGACAGAGAAAAUAAUCGUCGACAGAAGAGAUAUAACUCGCAUGGAGGCAACCGAGAAACCAAGAUAUCCCAAAGACAUUGACGUUGGACGUAUUGUGAUUGAAGAAAUUCCUGAAGAAAAAGAAGUGACAAAACGCGACGUUAUUAAGAGAGAGGAAGUGAAGCCAAAACAUGAAGAUAUGGAAACAUGUUUUGAAGUUGAAAAAGUUCCUAGAAGGCAGGCGCACGAAGAUGUGGUUAAAGUUGGCAGACUGGAUAUCACUGAAUAUGAGAAAACACAAAGGGAGCCCGAAUCAAUUAAAGACAGAAGAACAACUUACUCUGGAAGAUUGGAAAAAGAUGCCAAGGUAAGGAUAAUCUCACUAGAAAUUCCAUCUGUGUUCCUGAAAAUUUCCUAAUGUGAUAUGUCAAUGAUAGCAGAUGUUGCAUGGUGUUAUUCCUUUCAAUAUGAUGUCGAGUCAUGUUUCCAAGACACAAAUCUAUUGUAUUUCAAUCUGAUAAACAAAUAUUUCAUUGAUUAUGGUUUCCCAUGCUGUUGGUCGUUUGCGAAUAGUAUCUAAAUACAGCCAUACUUUGUACUAGUCUUUGUCGCCUUUCCUCACUAUAUUCUGAAAUUAAUAGUACAAAGAAAAAACCCAGAGGUAUGCACAGUUCUCUUCUCGCACGGCAAAAGGAGAAAUUGAGUGAACUACACACACCUACAUACUUCAUAGAUUAACUAAAGUACGUUUUGUAUUUUACAGCCGAGACAAGAGAAACCUAAAAAAGACAAGAUUGAUCAUUAUCGUCCACAAGGAGAAGAAUUUGACAAAGCCUAUACAUACGAUUAUAAAACUCGCACAGAUGACACUGAAGUAUCUCCGCAACGAGUAGCGACAGAGAAAAUAACCGUCGACAGAAGAGAUAUAACUCGUAUGGAGGCAACCGAGAAACCAAGAUAUCCCAAAGACAUUGACGUUGGACGUAUUGUGGUUGAAGAAACUCCUGAAGAAAAAGAAGUGACUAAACGCGACGUUAUUAAGAGAGAGGAAGUGAAGCCAAAACAUGAAGAUAUGGAAACAUGUUAUCAAGUUGAAAAGGUUCCUAGAAGCCAGGCGCACGAAGAUGUGGUUAAAGUUGGCAGACUGGAUAUCACUGAAUAUGAGAAAACACAAAGGGAGCCCGAAUCAAUUAAAGACAGAAGAACAACUUACACUGGAAGAUUGGAAAAGGAUGCCAAGGUAACGAUAAUCUCACUAGAAAUUCCAUCUGUGUUCCUGAAAACUUCGUAAUGUGAUAUGUCAAUGAUAGCAGAUUUUGCAUGUUAUCAUUCCUUUCAAUAAUAAUAAUAAUAAUAAUAAUAAUAAUAGUAAUAAUAAUAAUAAUAAUAAUAGUAAUAAUAAUAAUAAUAAUGGAAACUUUAUUUAAUUUUCUAAACUUACAACUGCAAAUCUCACUAUAUAAGGUAAUUUACAAUUGGCAACUUGAUAUAUUACUAUUAAAUGAUUUUAUAACGCAUGAUUAAAUUUACUCUAUUACUCUAUAUACAUACUUAAUAAUAAUAAUAAUAAUAAAAAUAAUAAUAAUAAUAAUAAUAUUAAUAAUAAUAAUAAUAAUUCCAUAAAAAUUUAUUUAUAAAAUAAUCGUGCUACAUUAAUAACUAAUUGCUAGUAUAUAUAAGGAAGUGAGUCUAGAUUGUUGUAGUAUGUUAUAGUAUCUGUUAUAGUAAGAAUUUAUGGUAAAAGUCUAAGCCUAAAUUUUGGCACGAGAAUUGUCUACUUCGAAGUCCGUUUCUUGAACGUUCGGGUUCGUUGUUAUCCUCCUGGGAGCUCUAGUCCCUCUGAGACAAAGUAGAGCUGACCGCAAGAUGGCAAAGGAGACCUUGGCUCGUAUGCAGGACAUGGUCGUAGAGUAGUCUUCGCCUUUCUUCGCUGCUAUGAGCUCGGUCAAUCUGCUAUGAUACCUCUUGCACUCUUCACUCAUGCCUCCAGUCGUUGUAAAUACUAAUGGUGUAAACGUUCCGUGUUCUAUCUCCAUCACUCUUUGGGCAUACAUCCUCUCCUCUCGUUUUCAUGUUGCCUGUAUAUCUGUUGAGGGCUCAGGUCUUUGUAGGAUUCCGCGUUGGGGUGACAAACCCUAACGUCAAAGAACGCGGACCUUUGUUUCUCCCAAAACCCUCGAGCGUGGAUAUCUAGGCGAGCGUCGGACGCUGUAUUUGCUCCACUUGGUAAAACCUCGCCAGUUAACUCUUGAAGAACGGGUUCAACCUCGACAUCAUUGCAGACGAUGUUAAGCAUAUCAGCCUCAAGAUCUCGCAGCUCGUUGUGGCGCUGUAUGAUGAACCCACCUCGCUUGCAGAUCAUUGCGUGAUCAAUAUUGAAAGUAUCGCCACACACGCAUACUGAUGGCUUAUCAGCAAUUUUCCACUCAUAUCUCAGCUUUACUGCGUCUCGAAACUCACCCUUGUUCAGAUUGUAGUCCAUUUCUUUAAUGGGGAGAACUGUUAGCCAGUUGGAUGCACCUUUUUCAGUUGCUAGUUCCAUAGCACGCCGUGUUUUCGGGGGAUAAUAAUAAUAUAAAUAAUAAUAAUAAUAAUAUUAAUAAUAAUAAUAAUAAUAAUAAUAAUAAUAAAAGUCUUUAUUUCAAUACUCAAAGCAAACGUUAGAUGUGAUGAUAACGAGCAAUGUUUCCAAGACACAAAUCUAUUGUAUUUCAAUCUGAUAAACAAAUAUUUCAUUGAUUAUCGUUUCUCAUGCCGAUGCUCGUUAGCGAAUAGUAUCUAAAUACAGCCAUACUCCGUACUAGUCUUUGUCGCCUUUCCUCACUAUACUCUGAAAUUAAUAGUACAAAGAAAAACCCAGAGGGAUGCACUGUUCUCUUCUCGCACGGCAAAAGGAGAAAUUGGGUGAACUACACACACCUACAUACUUCGUACAUUAACAAUUUAAAGUACUUUUCUAUUUUACAGCCGAGACAAGAGAAACCUAAAAAAGACAGGAUUGAUCAUUAUCGUCCACAAGGAGAAGAAUUUGACAAAGCCUAUGCAUACGAUUAUAAACCUCGCACAGAUGACACUGAAGUAUCUCCGCAACGAAUAGCGACAGAAAACAUAACCGGCGACAGACGAGAUAUAACUCGUAUGGAGGCAAGCGAGAAACCAAGAUAUCCCAAAGACAUUGACGUUGGACGUAUUGUGAUUGAAGAAAUUCCUGAAGAAAAAGAACUGACAAAACGCAACGUUAUUAAGAGAGAGGAAGUGAAGCCAAGACAUGAAGAUAUGGAAACAUGUUAUGAAGUUGAAAAAGUUCCUAGAAGGCAGGCGCACGAAGAUGUGGUUAAAGUUGGCAGACUGGAUAUCACUGAAUAUGAGAAAACACAAAGGGAGCCCGAAUCAAUUAAAGACAGAAGAACAACUUACUCUGGAAGAUUGGAAAAAGAUGCCAAGGUAAGGAUAAUCUCACUAGAAAUUCCAUCUGUGUUCCUGAAAACUUCGUAAUGUGAUACGUCAAUGAUAGCAGAUUUUGCAUAGUAUCUGAAUACAGCCAUACUUUGUACUAGUCUUUGUUGCCUUUCCUCACUAUAUUCUGAAAUUAAUAGUACUGAGAAAAAAACCACAGGGAUGCACAGUUCUCUUCUCGCACAGCAAAAGGAGAAAUUGAGUGAACUACACAUACCUAAAUACUUCAUACAUUAACUAAAGUACGUUUUGUAUUUUACAGCCGAGACAAGAGAAACCUAAAAAAGACAAGAUUGAUCAUUAUCGUCCACAAGGAGAAGAAUUUGACAAAGCCUAUACAUACGAUUAUAAAUCUCGCACAGAUGACACUGAAGUAUCUCAGGAACGAGUGGCGACAGAGAAAACAACCGUCGACAGAAUAGAUAUAACUCGUAUGGAGGCAACCGAGAAACCAAGAUAUCCCAAAGACAUUGACGUUGGACGUGUUGUAUUUGAAGAAAUUCCGGAAGAAAAAGAAGUGACAAAACGUGAUGUUAUUAAGAGAGAGGAAGUGAAGCCACAACAUGAAGAUAUGGAAACAUGUUAUGAAGUUGAGAAAGCUCCUAGAAGGCAGGCGCACGAAGAUGUGGUUAAAGUUGGCAGACUGGAUAUCACUGAAUAUGAGAAAACACAAAGGGAGCCCGAAUCAAUUAAAGACAGAAGAACAACUUACUCUGGAAGAUUGGAAAAAGAUGCCAAGGUAAGGAUAAUCUCACUAGAAAUUUCAUCUGUGUUCCUGAAAACUUCGUAAUGUGAUAUGUCAAUGAUAGCAGAUUUUGCAUGCUAUCAAUCCUUUCAAUAUGAUGUCGAGUUAUGUUCCCAAGACACAAAUCUAUUGUAUUUUAAUCUGACAAACAAAUAUUUCAUUAUCGUUUCCCAUGCUGUUGGUCGUUAGCAAAUAGUAUCUAAAUACAGCCAUACUUUGUACUAGUCUUUGUCGCCUUUCCUCACUAUAUUCUGAAAUUAAUAGUACAAAGAAAAAACCCAGAGGUAUGCACAGUUCUCUUCUCGCACGGCAAAAGGAGAAAUUGAGUAAACUGCACACAGCUAGAUACUUCAUACAUUAACUAAUAUUAUACCUCAAAUUCAAAUCGUCCAAUUAAAAUACUCCAUUUUGCCCACGUGAGGAUGAAAUAUAUCGUCGUAUUCCGACAUCUACUCGUAGGUAUUAGUUUCUGCCGUCCUUUUGACCAGCGCCCACAUCGUAUUCACCGGUAGAGCGGUGGACAUUAAUUUCUGCAGUCCUUUUGACCAGCGCCCACCUCGUAUUCACCGGUACAGCGGUGGAUAUUUAAUCGUGGAAGCCAGGCAACUCACGAGACUGACGUGUGGAGAAAAAAGCGGGAAAUUGUUAUUUAUUUAAUUCAAAAUGGCCAGCCAUGAUUCUGCAUCGGAAGAAGAUCUAGAAAUUGCCAGAAUUUUAGACGAAAGACAUUCUAAAAACAUGACCAAAAGUACUAAAACGGCAUUGAAAGCAUUUGUAAAAGCCGCCGGAAAUGUAGCCGAGUUACAAGACAAAGAAGUUCUGGAUAAAAGUCUGGCAAAAUUUAAUGCGAACGCCGAAAAGAAAGACGGCUCAAAGUAUAAAGCAAAUGCUAUGCUAACGCUUCGGCAAGGUCUAAGACGCCAUUUCUUGGACAAGUUUGGAUUUGAUAAAGUAAAAGUGUUAUUAUUACGUUUUUAAUUAUAAGUUGCAACCUCCGUUAAGUCCAACAACCGUGCACUUGUUUACCUUUUAACAUCCAACCCUGCUUAAAUUUUCGGUAUAAUAUAUCAAUUAUAGACCUUCCGCUCGGGGGAUUCAGAGAAAUAUUACCCUCAGUGAUGAUAUUUCCCUCGGGCUGCGCCCUCAAGAAAUAUCAUCACUGAGGGUAAUAUUUCUCCGAAUCCCCCGAGCGGAAGGUCUAUAACUGAUAAAAGUACAUUUUGUAUUUUACAGCCGAGACAAGAGAAACCUAAAAAAGACAGGAUUGAUCAUUAUCGUCCACAAGGAGAAGAAUUUGACAAAGCCUAUACAUACGAUUAUAAAUCUCGCACAGAUGACACUGAAGUAUCUCAGCAACGGGUGGCGACAGAGAAAAUAACCGUCGACAGAAGAGAUACAACUCGUAUGGAGGCAACCGAGAAAUCAAGAUAUCCCAGAGACAUUGACGUUGGACGUAUUGUGAUUGAAGAAAUUCCUGAAGAAAAAGAAGUGACAAAACGUGACGUUAUUAAGAAAGAGGAAGUGAAGCCAAAACAUGAAGAUAUGGAAACACGUUAUGAAGUUGAAAAAGUUCCUAGAAGACAAGCGCACGAAGAUGUGGUUAAAGUUGGUAGACUGGAUAUGACGGAAUAUGAGAAAACACAAAGGGAGCCCGAAGCAAUUAAAGACAGAACAACAACUUAUAUUGGAAGAUUGGGAAAAGAUCUCGAGGUAACGUUAAUCUCACCAGAAACGCUAUAUAUGUCCUGAAGACUUCGUAAUGUGAUUUGUCAACGAAACGAAUUCUAAAUGCGAAAUUUUAGUGUUAGAAUAUGAUGUUGAGCUGUGUUUCGAAGACAGAAAUCUAUUGCUUUUCAAUAUGACGAACAAAUUAUUUUAUUAAUUAUCAUUCCCCAUCCUGCUGAUCGUUGGCGAAUAUUGUCUAAAUACUGCGAUAUCUUGUAUUAGUCUGUGUUGGCUUUGUCGACUAUUUUGUAAAAUUUAUAGUAUAAUGAAAAACCCAGGGUGAAAAACGAGGGAUACACAGUUUUUAUAGAUCGCUCGGAAGUUUAAAAUACAAAUUCCUUUCCUUUUUCAGUUCUCUUUUCGCACAGCAAAAGGGAAAAAUGAGAUAACUACAUCCUCCUACAUACUUUGCACCUUAACUAAAGUACGUCUUGUAUUUCACAGAAACCUAAAAAAGACAGGAUCGAUCAUUAUCGUCCACAAGGUGAAGAAUUUAACAAAGCCUAUACAUACGACUAUAAAUCUCGCACAGAUGACACUGAAGUAUCUCAGCAACGAGUGGCGACAGAGAAAAUAACCGUCGACAGAAGAGAUAUAACACGUAUCGAGGCAACCGAGAAACCGAGAUAUCCCAAAGACAUUGACGUUGGACGUAUUGUGAUUGAAGAAAUUCCUGAAGAAAAGGAAGUGACAAAACGUGACGUUAUUAAGAGAGAGGAAGUGAAGCCAAAACAUGAAGAUAUGGAAACACGUUAUGAAGUUGAAAAAGUUCCUAGAAGACAAGUGCACGAAGAUGUGGUUAAAGUUGGUAGACUGGAUAUGACGGAAUAUGAGAAAACACAAAGGGAGCCCGAACCAAUUAAAGACAGAACAACAACUUAUAUUGGAAGAUUGAGAAAAGAUCUCGAGGUAACGUUAAUCUCACCAGAAACUCUAUAUAUGUUCCUGAAGACUUCGUAAUCUGAUUUGUCAACGAAACGAAUUCUAAGUGCGAAAUUUUAAUGUUUGAAUAUGAUGUUGAGUUGUGUUUCGAAGACAGAAAUCUAUUGCUUUUCAAUAUGACGAACAAAUUAUUUUAUUAAUUAUCAUUCCCCAUGUUGCUGAUCGUUGGCGAAUAUUGUCUAAAUACUGCGAUAUCUUGUAUUAGUCUGUGUUGGCUUUGUCGACUAUUUUGUAAAAUUUAUAGUAUAAUGAAAAACCCAGGGUGAAAAACGAGGGAUACACAGUUUUUAUAGAUCGUUCGGAAGUUUAAAAUACAGACUCCUUUGCUUUUUCAGUUCUCUUUUCGCACAGCAAAAGGGAAAAAUGAGAUAACUACAUCCUCCUACAUACUUUGCACCUUAACUAAAGUACGUCUUGUAUUUCACAGAAACCUAAAAAAGACAGGAUCGAUCAUUAUCGUCCACAAGGUGAAGAAUUUGACAAAGCCUAUACAUACGACUAUAAAUCUCGCACAGAUGACACUGAAGUAUCUCAGCAACGAGUGGCGACAGAGAAAAUAACCGUCGACAGAAGAGAUAUAACACGCAUCGAGGUAACCGAGAAACCAAGAUAUCCCAAAGACAUUGACGUUGGACGUAUUGUGAUUGAAGGAAUUCCUGAAGAAAAGGAAGUGACAAAACGUGACGUUAUUAAGAGAGAGGAAGUGAAGCCAAAACAUGAAGAUAUGGAAACACGUUAUGAAGUUGAAAAAGUUCCUAGAAGACAAGUGCACGAAGAUGUGGUUAAAGUUGGUAGACUGGAUAUGACGGAAUAUGAGAAAACACAAAGGGAGCCCGAAGCAAUUAAAGACAGAACAACAACUUAUAUUGGAAGAUUGAGAAAAGAUCUCGAGGUAACGUUAAUCUCACCAGAAACUCUAUAUAUGUUCCUGAAGACUUCGUAAUCUGAUUUGUCAACGAAACGAAUUCUAAAUGCGAAAUUUUAAUGUUUGAAUAUGAUGUUGAGUUGUGUUUCGAAGACAGAAAUCUAUUGCUUUUCAAUAUGACGAACAAAUUAUUUUAUUAAUUAUCAUUCCCCAUGCUGCUGAUCGUUGGCGAAUAUUGUCUAAAUACUGCGAUAUCUUGUAUUAGUCUGUGUUGGCUUUGUCGACUAUUUUGUAAAAUUUAUAGUAUAAUGAAAAACCCAGGGUGAAAAACGAGGGAUACAUAGUUUUUAUAGAUCGUUCGGAAGUUUAAAAUACAAACUCCUUUGCUUUUUCAGUUCUCUUUUCGCACAGCAAAAGGGAAAAAUGAGAUAACUACAUCCUCCUACAUACUUUGCACCUUAACUAAAGUACGUCUUGUAUUUCACAGAAACCGAAAAAAGACAGGAUCGAUCAUUAUCGUCCACAAGGUGAAGAAUUUGACAAAGCCUAUAGAUACGACUAUAAAUCUCGCACAGAUGACACUGAAGUAUCUCAGCAACGAGUGGCGACAGAGAAAAUAACCGUCGACAGAAGAGAUAUAACACGCAUCGAGGUAACCGAGAAACCAAGAUAUCCCAAAGACAUUGACGUUGGACGUAUUGUGAUUGAAGGAAUUCCUGAAGAAAAGGAAGUGACAAAACGUGACGUUAUUAAGAGAGAGGAAGUGAAGCCAAAACAUGAAGAUAUGGAAACACGUUAUGAAGUUGAAAAAGUUCCUAGAAGACAAGUGCACGAAGAUGUGGUUAAAGUUGGUAGACUGGAUAUGACGGAAUAUGAGAAAACACAAAGGGAGCCCGAAGCAAUUAAAGACAGAACAACAACUUAUAUCGGAAGAUUGAGAAAAGAUCUCGAGGUAACGUUAAUCUCACCAGAAACUCUAUAUAUGUUCCUGAAGACUUCGUAAUCUGAUUUGUCAACGAAACGAAUUCUAAAUGCGAAAUUUUAAUGUUUGAAUAUGAUGUUGAGUUGUGUUUCGAAGACAGAAAUCUAUUGCUUUUCAAUAUGACGAACAAAUUAUUUUAUUAAUUAUCAUUCCCCAUGCUGCUGAUCGUUGGCGAAUAUUGUCUAAAUACUGCGAUAUCUUGUAUUAGACUGUGUUGGCUUUGUCGACUAUUUUGUAAAAUUUAUAGUAUAAUGAAAAACCCAGGGUGAAAAACGAGGGAUACAUAGUUUUUAUAGAUCGUUCGGAAGUUUAAAAUACAAACUCCUUUGCUUUUUCAGUUCUCUUUUCGCACAGCAAAAGGGAAAAAUGAGAUAACUACAUCCUCCUACAUACUUUGCACCUUAACUAAAGUACGUCUUGUAUUUCACAGAAACCGAAAAAAGACAGGAUCGAUCAUUAUCGUCCACAAGGUGAAGAAUUUGACAAAGCCUAUACAUACGACUAUAAAUCUCGCACAGAUGACACUGAAGUAUCUCAGCAACGAGUGGCGACAGAGAAAAUAACCGUCGACAGAAGAGAUAUAACACGUAUCGAGGCAACCGAGAAACCGAGAUAUCCCAAAGACAUUGACGUUGGACGUAUUGUGAUUGAAGAAAUUCCUGAAGAAAAGGAAGUGACAAAACGUGACAUUAUUGAGAGAGAGGAAGUGAAGUCAAAACAUGAAGAUAUGGAAACACGUUAUGAAGUUGAAAGAGUUCCUAGAAGACAAGUGCACGAAGAUGUGGUUAAAGUUGGUGGACUGGAUAUGACGGAAUAUGAGAAAACACAAAGGGAGCCCGAACCAAUUAAAGACAGAACAACAACUUAUUUUGGAAGAUUGAGAAAAGAUCUCGAGGUAACGUUAAUCUCACCAGAAACUCUAUAUAUGUUCCUGAAGACUUCGUAAUCUGAUUUGUCAACGAAACGAAUUCUAAAUGCGAAAUUUUAAUGUUUGAAUAUGAUGUUGAGUUGUGUUUCGAAGACAGAAAUCUAUUGCUUUUCAAUAUGACGAACAAAUUAUUUUAUUAAUUAUCAUUCCCCAUGCUGCUGAUCGUUGGCGAAUAUUGUCUAAAUACUGCGAUAUCUUGUAUUAGUCUGUGUUGGCUUUGUCGACUAUUUUGUAAAAUUUAUAGUAUAAUGAAAAACCCAGGGUGAAAAACGAGGGAUACAUAGUUUUUAUAGAUCGUUCGGAAGUUUAAAAUACAAACUCCUUUGCUUUUUCAGUUCUCUUUUCGCACAGCAAAAGGGAAAAAUGAGAUAACUACAUCCUCCUACAUACUUUGCACCUUAACUAAAGUACGUCUUGUAUUUCACAGAAACCUAAAAAAGACAGGAUCGAUCAUUAUCGUCCACAAGGUGAAGAAUUUGACAAAGCCUAUAGAUACGACUAUAAAUCUCGCACAGAUGACACUGAAGUAUCUCAGCAACGAGUGGCGACAGAGAAAAUAACCGUCGACAGAAGAGAUAUAACACGUAUCGAGGCAACCGAGAAACCGAGAUAUCCCAAAGACAUUGACGUUGGACGUAUUGUGAUUGAAGAAAUUCCUGAAGAAAAGGAAGUGACAAAACGUGACGUUAUUAAGAGAGAGGAAGUGAAGCCAAAACAUAAAGAUAUGGAAACACGUUAUGAAGUUGAAAAAGUUCCUAGAAGACAAGUGCACGAAGAUGUGGUUAAAGUUGGUAGACUGGAUAUGACGGAAUAUGAGAAAACACAAAGGGAGCCCGAACCAAUUAAAGACAGAACAACAACUUACACUGGAAGAUUGAGAAAAGAUCUCGAGGUAACGUUAAUCUCACCAGAAACUCUAUAUAUGUUCCUGAAGACUUCGUAAUCUGAUUUGUCAACGAAACGAAUUCUAAGUGCGAAAUUUUAAUGUUUGAAUAUGAUGUUGAGUUGUGUUUCGAAGACAGAAAUCUAUUGUUUUUCAAUAUGACGAACAAAUAUUUCAUUAAUUAUCAUUCCCCAUGCUGCUGAUCGUUGGCGAAUAUUGUCUAAAUACUGCGAUAUCUUGUAUUAGUCUGUGUUGGCUUUGUCGACUAUUUUGUAAAAUUUAUAGUAUAAUGAAAAACCCAGGGUGAAAAACGAGGGAUACACAGUUUUUAUAGAUCGUUCGGAAGUUUAAAAUACAAACUCCUUUGCUUUUUCAGUUCUCUUUUCGCGCAGCGAAAGGGAAAAAUGAGAUAACUACAUCCUCCUACAUACUUUGCACCUUAACUAAAGUACGUCUUGUAUUUCACAGAAACCUAAAAAAGACAGGAUCGAUCAUUAUCGUCCACAAGGUGAAGAAUUUGACAAAGCCUAUACAUACGACUAUAAAUCUCGCACAGAUGACACUGAAGUAUCUCAGCAACGAGUGGCGACAGAGAAAAUAACCGUCGACAGAAGAGAUAUAACACGUAUCGAGGCAACCGAGAAACCGAGAUAUCCCAAAGAUCUUGAUAUUGGACGUAUUGUAAUUGAAGAAAUUCCUGAAGAGAUUCCAAAACAUAAAAUCCUAAGGAAAGAACACGGCGGACCAAGGAGCACUGGGGUGACAAUCGCACAACAUGAAGUUGAAGAACAUCCCAAGACGUACCUUAAAGAAGAUGUCAUCAAAGUUGGUAAACUGGAUGUAACCCAUUUGGAAAAGGAAAUGGUGGAAGCGAAGACGGUUCAGGAUAGAAUCAGGACUUAUAAAGACAGAGUUGAUGGACCUCGCAAGGUAUCGCUCGUCGUGUUUUGUGUUUUUCAUUCCAAUAAUCCAUUAAGUCUAACUAUAAUUGAUCUUAAAAAAUGGGUGACACUAAACGGUAGUGUGCACCAGGUAGUGCUCAAACCGACAGUGAAAGUAUUAAAAGAAUGUUUUCCCUUUCCACCAUUUACGUCUAUGUAUAUGUUUUGAAAAUGAAAAUGAAAUAUGAAAAUAAAUAGGUUUUGGGAAUCGUGCCUGGUAUAAAUUUGAAUACAAUUUUUUAUUUGAAAAAUUUGAAAAAGACUUCUACACAGGCAAUAAAAAAGUUCUAAAAUUUUGUUCGAAACGUUUCGCCAGUUAAGGCUUCCUCAGCGGGAAUGUUUUAGCUAGGUCACGUCCGAUGAACAUAUAUACACAUAUAUAUAAGCAGGACUAAAUUUAAAUAAAUAUUAACAAAAGGAUGGAAUAUGGACAAUUACGAGCUAAUAUUUUGAAUGUUAUUAUUCAGGCGUAUCAUGCCAAAUCAGGAUAUUAAAUGUUAAUUGUUCUGCCAAUGCACUCGUUUACUAUUUUUCCCACUCUUUUCUUGAUUUCAAACGCCUCAAAGCACUUACGCUCAUCGUCAUGGCUUAUGUUCGCAUGUGGGGUGCUGAAGAAAGUCAGAAACAUUGAUAACUACAAGAUGUGGAAUUAGUGUAGCAACACCAAUAAAACGUAAAUGUAUACAUAAAAUUCUCCCAAUUUUAGAAACAAUUUUUUUAUAAACAUAUUUUAUUAAAUAAUUAAAGUGUUUAUCCCCAAAACAAAAAAAGCUUAUCGAGGGGACUCGCACAAGUUAAUAUAAAAGUAUAUGGAAAACUUAAUUCUUGAAUGGCAUUAAGGACAUAAAAUACCUUAUUUCCAUCCCUACUUUUCGUCCACCUUUGACCACAUAUCCGCUUGGCAGAGGCAAGAAAUAAAUAGCGUUGAGCAGCAAAACGGGAACAAGUCAGAAAGUAAUGUUUUACAGAUUCAUUUUCCAUUCCACAGUGACAAGGAGGCGAAGACAGACAAUUGAUUUUAAACAAAUACUCAUUCAGACCAUGAAAGCCUAAUCUCAAUCGAGUAUGUAAAAUUGAUGCUCGACGAGUAAGAGAAACAAAAAAAAUUUUAGUAUACACAAACGGAGAGAACAUUGAUUUAAUUCUAACUUUAAAUGUAUCAAGGGAAUCCAAAUUUCUUAUAUCAGUGCCUAAAGAAUUCCAUUGAUUGAUUGUUGAAGGAAAAACGAUUGUUUAAAUUUUACCGUUCGACAUGAGAUAGAGCUAACAUUUUCACUGGAACGAAGUGAACGAUGAGCCCUUCCUCCAACAGUAUUAGGUAAUAAAUCAACAAGAUCGCUGGAGCAACAGAUGCACUUAGUAAUUUUGCAGAAAUAAACUAAAUUAUGUAAUUUUCUCCUAUCACUGAGAUUCUCCCAUGCUAGCUCAUUCAACAGAGCUAUAUCACUUGUGCCUUUAAUCGCUCCGGCCACAACUUUAGCUGCCUCAUACUGAACAUGUUCCAAUAAUUCUUCUUCACUACAAUUGUCAUAUUACAUCUCCAUACUCCAUCAAUGGGCAUCAAUUUUCAAUAGAGAAACACGUAGAGAUUCUUAAAAUAUUAUUCAAAUUGCACCAUCUUGUGAUGCACUUUAGCUUUCAAAAAAUUAGCAUGCAAUACAAAUCACAAAACUAAACUAAACUCAGCAUAAAAUGUCAUUAUCUAGCCACAGAAAGAACGAAAACCGAAAGAUAAAGCCUUGGAACCCAGUUAUGUCGAAGAUACUCAUUACACAACGGCAAUGCGGGAAAAAAUCAAACCACGUUUAGAUGAAACAAAGGUGUCACGAAGAGAAGUAGACACAAAGCGAAUAACAAUAAUGAAAAGUGACACAACACGGACUGAAGAACCAGAACGACAAAUAUAUGCAAAAGAACACGACAUUGGUCGUAUCGUGAUUGAAGAAAUUCCUGAAGAUAAGCCACGAAAAUACCUGAAAUAUCAAAGUGAACCCAAAUCUACCAAAGUUACGGUUACGAGAGAACAAGUUACGGAUGCAACUAGAGCUCAAGAAAAAGAAAAUGCGAUAAACGUUGAAAAACUUGAUUUUAACAAAGUAGAUACAAGACAAGUGGAAGCUAGAAGGAUAGCAGAAAGACCUUUGAAAGAAACAGAAAGGGUUGAACGCCCUCGAAAGGCAUGUGUAAAAUAUUUCCAUGGAUCGAUCGAGAGGAGCCAUAGAAUAUACAACGAUUAACCAAUACAACUUCAUAUACUGCAUUUUUAAUAGAUUACUGCAAAGUUGUUUUGCACAUUUUUAUCAUCCCACUAUAUGCCGAUACUGAUUCCAACAUUUCAAGUUUAGUAAUAAACAUAGGUAAACUUAGAUAAACGUAUGCCAAUAUGAGGUUUAUAAUGCUUCUAACUCACUUUGCAGGUGAGAAAAGAUUUGAAACUGGAGGAAAGAACCCUGGUUGAAUGUGAAGUCACUGAUGUAGAUUUUGACAAGAUCUCAGAGACCAAACCACGCCCAGAUGCAAUUCCUCGUGAAAAAGUAGCCACGGAAAAGAUUACAGUAAGAAGAAGGGAUAUCAUACCACGCGACGAACAACAAAAACCACAAUUUCGCAAAGAUCUUGACAUUGGACGUAUUGUGAUUGAAGAAAUUCCUGAAGAAAAAGAAGAGGUACCAGAACGUGAGAUUUUCCAAAAGGAACCAGUCAGACCAAUGGGAACCGAUAUGCCAGUAAAUCAACGUGAAGUUAAAGAACUACCUAAGAAAUAUAUCAAAGAGGAUGUUGUUAAAGUUGGUAAACUUGCAACAAGUGAUCUUGAUCGAGUAACUGGAGAAUCCCGACGAGUAGAGGAAAGAAUAAAAACACAGAGAGAAACGAUCGAUGGAAGAAAGGUGAGAUGCAAUUAGAUAUCUUUUCUCUGUGGGGGGCACCGCCGCCCCUCGCUUUCUCACAUUGGUUUGAGAUUAAUUUUACCGACAUUCAGCUUCCACAUUAGGAAGUGAUUCAUAACGGAAAUCCACCUUAAACUCAAAGUCACUUCAAAGUCAUUAGGUACAAUAAUUCUAAUAUUAAAGAGCACCUUUGAAAUUAUUAGAAUAAUAUUUUGUGCGAAUUAGUAAUGAUGCAUGUACGAUAGUUUCAUGUAGUUUAGUGUAGAAGACCUGAUUUACAUAGGUCACACAAAAUUAAUCUACAAAGCCAGCGGAACUCUAAAAUUCAAGUACGGAAAAGGGUUUAAGUCGCUUAGAACAUCUUUACCAAACCUUCGCCUUCCGUAACUUGCAAGAGAUUAUUUUGCCCAUUAAGAUUCGUCUUCAGAGAAGUAAGAGAGGUUUAGUUGCACCAGUCUAUACACUUCGUACAUUAACUAAAGUACAUCAUCUAUUAAACAGCCGAAACAAAUUAAACCAAAAGAAGACAGGAUUGACCAUUAUCGUCCACAGGGUGAAGAGUUUGAUAAAGCGUAUACAUACGACUAUAAAUCCCAUACAGAUGAUACUCAAAUAUCUCAGCGACAAGUCACCUCCGAGAAAAUAACCGUUAGCAAAAGGGAUAUAACUCGAAUGGAGGCAACUGAGAAACCAAGAUAUCCUAAAGACGUUAACGUUGGACAUAUUACAAUUGAAGAACUCCCUGAAGAAAAAGAAGUAACAAAACGAGACGUUGUUAAUAGAGACGAAGUGAAGCCAAAACAUGAAGAUGUGGAAACAUGUUAUGCAGUUGAAACAAUUCCUAGAAGGCAAGCGCACGAAGAUAUCGCCAAAGUUGGUAGACUGGAUAUGACGGAAUAUGAGAAAACACAAAGGGAGCCCGAACCAAUUAAAGACAGAACAACAACUUACACUGGAAGAUUGGGAAAAGAUCUCGAGGUAACGUCAACCUCACUGGAAAUUCCAACUGUGUUCCUGAAGGCUUCGUAAAGUGAUAUGUCAACGACAGUAGAUUUUUCCAUGGUAUCAUUCCUUUCAAUAUGAUGUCGAGUUAUGUUUCCAAGACACAAAUCUAUUGUUUUUUAAUCUGAUAAACAAAUAUUUGCUUGAUUAUCGCUUCCCAUGCUGUUGGUCAUUAGCGAAUAGUAUCUAAAUACAGCCAUAUCUUCUAUUAGUCUUUGUCGCCAUUCCUCACUAUAUUCCAAAAUUAAUAGUAGAAAGAAAAAACCCAGUGGGAUGCACAAUUAUUUUCCCGCACAGCAAAAGGAGAAAUUGAAUGAACUACACACACCUACAUAUACUGCAUACAUUAAGUAAAAUUCGUUUUGUAUUUUACAGCCGAGACAGGAGAAACCUAAAAAAGACAAGAUUGAUCAUUAUCGUCCGCAAGGUGAAGAAUUUGACAAAGCCUAUACAUACGACUAUAAAUCUCGCACAGAUGACACUGAAGUAUCUCAGCAACGAGUGGCGACAGAGAAAAUAACCGUCGACAGAAGAGCUAUAACUCGUAUGGAGGCAACCGAGAAACCAAGAUAUCCCAAAGACAUUGACGUUGGACGUAUUAUGAUCGAAGAAAUUCCUGAAGAAAAAGAAGUGACAAAACGUGACGUUAUUAAGAGAGAGGAAGUGAAGCCAAAACAUGAAGAUAUGGAAACACGUUAUCAAGUUGAAAAAGUUCCUAGAAGACAAGCGCACGAAGAUGUUGCUAAAGUUGGUAGACUGGAUAUCACGGAAUAUGAGAAAAUACAAAGGGAGCCCGAACCAAUUAAAGACAGAACAACAACUUACACUGGAAGAUUGGGAAAAGAUCUCGAGGUAACGUUAAUCUCACCAGAAACUCUAUAUGCGUUCCUGAAGACAUCGUAAUGUGAUAUGUCAACGAAACGAAUUCUAAAUGCGAAAUUUUAAUGUUUGAAUAUGAUGUUGAGUUGUGUUUCGAAGACAGAAAUCUAUUGUGUUUCAAUAUGACGAAAAAAUAUUUCAUUAAUUAUCAUUCCCCAUGCUGCUGAUCGUUGGCGAAUAUUGUCUAAAUAUUGCGAUAUCUUGUAUUAGUCUGUGUCGGCUUUGUCGACUAUUUUGUAAAAUUUAUAGUAUAAUGAAAAACCUAGGAUGAAAAACGAGGGAUACACAGUUUUUAUAGGUUGUUCAGAAUUUUAAAAUACAAACUCCUUUACUUUUUCAGUUCUCUUUUCGCACAGCAAAAGGGAAAAAUGAGAUAACUACAUCCUCCUACAUACUUCGCACCUUAACUAAAGUACGUCUUGUAUUUCACAGAAACCUAAAAAAGACAGGAUCGAUCAUUAUCGUCCACAAGGUGAAGAAUUUGACAAAGCCUAUACAUACGACUAUAAAUCUCGCACAGAUGACACUGAAGUAUCUCAGCAACGAGUGGCGACAGAGAAAAUAACCGUCGGCAGAAGAGAUAUAACACGUACCGAGGCAACCGAGAAACCGAGAUAUCCCAAAGACAUUGACGUUGGACGCAUUGUGAUUGAAGAAAUUCCUGAAGAAAAGGAAGUGACAAAACGUGACGUUAUUAAGAGAGAGGAAGUGAAGCCAAAACAUGAAGAAAUGGAAACACGUUAUCAAGUUGAAAAAGUUCCUAGAAGACAAGCGCACGAAAAUGUGGUUAAAGUUGGCAGACUGGAAAUGACCGAAUAUGAGAAAACACAAAGGGAGCCCGAAUCAAUUAAAGACAGAACAACAACUUACACUGGAAGAUUGGGAAAAGAUCUCGAGGUAACGUUAAUCUCACCAGAAACUCUAUACGUGUUCCUGAAGACAUCGUAAUGUGAUAUGUCAAUGAAACGUAUUCUCAAUGCGAAAUUUUAAUCUUUGACUAUAAUGUUGAGUAGUGUUUCGAAGUCAGAAAUCUAUUGUUUUUCAAUAUGACGAACAAAUAUUUCAUUAAUUAUCAUUCCCCAUGCUGCUGAUCGUUGGCGAGUAUUGUCUAAAUAUUGCGAUAUUUUGUAUUAGUCUGUGUCGGCUUUCUCGACUAUUUUGUAAAAUUUAUAGUAUAAUGAAAAACCUAGGAUGAAAAACGAGGGAUACACAGUUUUUAUAGGUUGUUCAGAAUUUUAAAAUACACACUCCUUUACUUUUUCAGUUCUCUUUUCGCACAGCAAAAGAGGAAAAUGAGAUAACUACAUCCUCCUACAUACUUUGCACCUUAAACCUUAACUAAAGUACGUCUUGUAUUUCACAGAAACCUAAAAAAGACAGGAUGGAUCAUUAUCGUCCACAAGGUGAAGAAUUUGACAAAGCCUAUACAUACGAUUAUAAAUCUCGCACAGAUGACACUGAAGUAUCUCAGCAACGAGAGGCGACAGAGAAAAUAACCGUCGACAGAAGAGAUAUAACUCGUAUGGAGGCAACCGAGAAACCAAGAUAUCCCAAAGACAUUGACGUUGGACGUAUUGUGAUUGAAGAAAUUCCUGAAGAAAAAGAAGUGACAAAUCGUGACGUUAUUAAGAGAGAGGAAGUGAAGCCAAAACAUGAAGAUAUGGAAACACGUUAUCAAGUUGAAAAAGUUCCUGGAAGACAAGCGCACGAAGAUGUGGUUAAAGUUGGUAGACUGGGUAUGACGGAAUAUGAGAAAACACAAAGGGAGCCCGAACCAAUUAAAGACAGAACAACAACUUACACUGGAAGAUUGGGAAAAGAUCUCGAGGUAACGUUAAUCUCACCAGAAACUCUAUAUGUGUUCCUGAAGACUUCGUAAUGUGAUAUGUCAAUGAAACGAAUUCUAAAUACGAAAUUUUAAUGCUUGAAUAUGAUGUUGAGUUGUGUUUCGAAGACAGAAAGCUAUUGUUUUUCAAAAUAACGAACAAAUAUUUCAUUAAUUAUCAUUCCCCAUGUUGCUGAUCGUUUGCGAAUAUUGUCUAAACACUGCGAUAUCUUGUAUUAGUCCGUGUUUUGGCUUUGUCGACUAAUUUUUAAAAUUUAUAGUAUAACGAAAAACCUAGGAUGAAAAACGAGGGAUACCCAGUUUUUAUAGAUCGUUCAGAAUUUUAAAAUACAAACUCUUUUCCUUCUUCAGUUCUCUUUUCGCACAGCAAAAGGGAAAAAUGAGAUAACUACAUCCUUCUACAUACUUUGCACCUUAACUAAAGUACGUCUUGUAUUUCACAGAAACCUAAAAAAGACAGGAUCGAUCAUUAUCGUCCACAAGGUGACGAAUUUGACAAAGCCUAUACAUACGAUUAUAAAUCUCGCACAUAUGACACUGAAGUAUCUCAGCAACCAGUGGCGAAAGAGAAAAUAACCGUCGACAGAAGAGAUAUAACUCGUAUGGAGGCAACCGAGAAACCAAGAUAUCCCAAAGACAUUGACGUUGGACGUAUUGCGAUUGAAGAAAUUCCUGAAGAAAAAGAAGUGACAAAACGUGACGUUAUUAAGAGAGAGGAAGUGAAGCCAAAACAUGAAGAUAUGGAAACACGUUAUGAAGUUGAAAAAGUUCCUAGAAGACAAGCGCACGAAGAUGUGGUUAAAGUUGGUAGACUGGAUAUGACGGAAUAUGAGAAAACACAAAGGGAGCCGGAACCAAUUAAAGACAGAACAACAACUUACACUGGAGGAUUGGGAAAAGAUCUCGAGGUAACGUUAAUCUCACCAGAAACUCUAUAUGUGUUCCUGAAGACUUCGUAAUGUGAUAUGUCAAUGAAACGAAUUCUAAAUGCGAAAUUUUAAUGUUUGAAUAUGAUGUUGAGUUGUGUUUCGAAGACAGAAAUCUAUUCUUUUUCGAUAUGACGAACAAAUAUUUCAUUAAUUAUCAUUCCCCAUGUUGCUGAUCGUUGGUGAAUAUUGUCUAAAUACUGCGAUAUCUUGUAUUAGUCCGUGUCGGCUUUGUCGACUAAUUUGUAAAAUUUAUAGUAUAACGAAAAACCUAGGAUGAAAAACGAGGGAUACACAGUUUUUAUAUAUCGUUCAGAAUUUUAAAAUACAAACUCUUUUCCUUUUUCAGUUCUCUUUUCGCACAGCAAAAGGGAAAAAUGAGAUAACUACAUCCUUCUACAUACUUUGCACCUUAACUAAAGUACGUCUUGUAUUUCACAGAAACCUAAAAAAGACAGGAUCGAUCAGUAUCGUCCACAAGGUGAAGAAUUUGACAAAGCCUAUACACACGAUUAUAAAUCUCGCACAGAUGACACUGAAGUAUGUCAGCAACGAGUGGCGACAGAGAAAAUAACCGUCGACAGAAGAGAUAUAACUCGUAUGGAGGCAACCGAGAAACCAAGAUCUCCCAAAGACAUUGACAUUGGACGUAUUGUGAUUGAAGAAAUUCCUGAAGAAAAAGAAGUGACAAAACGUGACGUUAUUAAGAGAGAGGAAGUGAAGCCAAAACAUGAAGAUAUGGAAACACGUUAUGAAGUUGAAAAAGUUCCUAGAAGACAAGCGCACGAAGAUGUGGUUAAAGUUGGUAGACUGGAUAUGACGGAAUAUGAGAAAACACAAAGGGAGCCGGAACCAAUUAAAGACAGAACAACAACUUACACUGGAAGAUUGCGAAAAGAUCUCGAGGUAACGUUAAUCUCACCAGAAACUCUAUAUGUGUUCCUGAAGACUUCGUAAUGUGAUAUGUCAAUGAAACGAAUUCUAAAUGCGAAAUUUUAAUGUUUGAAUAUGAUGUUGAGUUGUGUUUUGAAGACAGAAAUCUAUUCUUUUUCGAUAUGACGAACAAAUAUUUCAUUAAUUAUCAUUCCCCAUGUUGCUGAUCGUUGGUGAAUAUUGUCUAAAUACUGCGAUAUCUUGUAUUAGUCCGUGUCGGCUUUGUCGACUAAUUUGUAAAAUUUAUAGUAUAACGAAAAACCUAGGAUGAAAAACGAGGGAUACACAGUUUUUAUAUAUCGUUCAGAAUUUUAAAAUACAAACUCUUUUCCUUUUUCAGUUCUCUUUUCGCACAGCAAAAGGGAAAAAUGAGAUAACUACAUCCUUCUACAUACUUUGCACCUUAACUAAAGUACGUCUUGUAUUUCACAGAAACCUAAAAAAGACAGGAUCGAUCAGUAUCGUCCACAAGGUGAAGAAUUUGACAAAGCCUAUACAUACGAUUAUAAAUCUCGCACAGAUGACACUGAAGUAUCUCAGCAACGAGUGGCGACAGAGAAAAUAACCGUCGACAGAAGAGAUAUAACUCGUAUCGAGGCAACUGAGAAACCAAGACAUCCCAAAGACAUUGACGUUGGACGUAUUGUGAUUGAAGAAAUUCCUGAAGAAAAAGAAGUGACAAAACGUGACGUUAUUAAGAGAGAGGAAGUGAAGCCAAAACAUGAAGAUAUGGAAACACGUUAUCAAGUUGAAAAAGUUUCUAGAAGACAAGCGCACGAAGAUGUGGUUAAAGUUGGUAGACUGGAUAUGACGGAAUAUGAGAAAACACAAAGGGAGCCCGAACCAAUUAAAGACAGAACAACAACUUACACUGGAGGAUUGGGAAAAGAUCUCGAGGUAACGUUAAUCUCACCAGAAACUCUAUAUGUGUUCCUGAAGACUUCGUAAUGUGAUAUGUCAAUGAAACGAAUUCUAAAUGCGAAAUUUUAAUGUUUGAAUAUGAUGUUGAGUUGUGUUUCGAAGACAGAAAGCUAUUGUUUUUCAAUAUGACGAACAAAUAUUUCAUUAAUUAUCAUUCCCCAUGCUGCUGAUCGUUGGCGAAUAUUGUCUAAAUAUUGCGAUAUCUUGUAUUAGUCUGUGUCGGCUUUGUCGACUAUUUUGUAAAAUUUAUAGUAUAAUGAAAAACCUAGGAUGAAAAACGAGGGAUACACAGUUUUUAUAGAUCGUUCAGAAUUUUAAAAUACAAACUCUUUUCCUUCUGCAGUUCUCUUUUCGCACAGCAAAAGGGAAAAAUGAGAUAACUACAUCCUUCUACAUACUUUGCACCUUAACUAAAGUACGUCUUGUAUUUCACAGAAACCUAAAAAAGACAGGAUCGAUCAUUAUCGUCCACAAGGUGAAGAAUUUGACAAAGCCUAUACAUACGACUAUAAAUCUCGCACAGAUGACACUGAAGUAUCUCAGCAACGAGUGGCGACAGAGAAAAUAACCGUCGACAGAAGAGAUAUAACUCGUAUCGAGGCAACCGAGAAACCAAGACAUCCCAAAGACAUUGACGUUGGACGUAUUGUGAUUGAAGAAAUUCCUGAAGAAAAAGAAGUGACAAAACGUGACGUUAUUAAGAGAGAGGAAGUGAAGCCAAAACAUGAAGAUAUGGAAACACGUUAUCAAGUUGAAAAAGUUCCUGGAAGACAAGCGCACGAAGAUGUGGUUAAAGUUGGUAGACUGGAUAUGACGGAAUAUGAGAAAACACAAAGGGAGCCCGAACCAAUUAAAGACAGAACAACAACUUACACUGGAAGAUUGAGAAAAGAUCUCGAGGUAACGUUAAUCUCACCAGAAACUCUAUAUAUGUUCCUGAAGACUUCGUAAUCUGAUUUGUCAACGAAACGAAUUCUAAAUGCGAAAUUUUAAUGUUUGAAUAUGAUGUUGAGUUGUGUUUCGAAGACAGAAAUCUAUUGCUUUUCAAUAUGACGAACAAAUUAUUUUAUUAAUUAUCAUUCCCCAUGCUGCUGAUCGUUGGCGAAUAUUGUCUAAAUACUGCGAUAUCUUGUAUUAGUCUGUGUUGGCUUUGUCGACUAUUUUGUAAAAUUUAUAGUAUAAUGAAAAACCCAGGGUGAAAAACGAGGGAUACACAGUUUUUAUAGAUCGUUCGGAAGUUUAAAAUACAAACUCCUUUGCUUUUUCAGUUCUCUUUUCGCACAGCAAAAGGGAAAAAUGAGAUAACUACAUCCUCCUACAUACUUUGCACCUUAACUAAAGUACGUCUUGUAUUUCACAGAAACCUAAAAAAGACAGGAUCGAUCAUUAUCGUCCACAAGGUGAAGAAUUUGACAAAGCCUAUAGAUACGACUAUAAAUCUCGCACAGAUGACACUGAAGUAUCUCAGCAACGAGUGGCGACAGAGAAAAUAACCGUCGACAGAAGAGAUAUAACACGUAUCCAGGCAACCGAGAAACCGAGAUAUCCCAAAGACAUUGACGUUGGACGUAUUGUGAUUGAAGAAAUUCCUGAAGAAAAGGAAGUGACAAAACGUGACGUUAUUAAGAGAGAGGAAGUGAAGCCAAAACAUGAAGAUAUGGAAACACGUUAUGAAGUUGAAAAAGUUCCUAGAAGACAAGUGCACGAAGAUGUGGUUAAAGUUGGUAGACUGGAUAUGACGGAAUAUGAGAAAACACAAAGGGAGCCCGAACCAAUUAAAGACAGAACAACAACUUACACUGGAAGAUUGGGAAAAGAUCUCGAGGUAACAUUAAUCUCACCAGAAACUCUAUAUGUGUUCCUGAAGACUUCGUAAUGUGAUAUCUCAAUGAAACGAAUUCUAAAUGCGAAAUUUUAAUGUUUAAAUGAUGUUGAGUUGUGUUUCGAAGACAGAAAUCUAUUGUUUUUCAAUACGAUGAACAAAUAUUUCAUUAAUUAUCAUUCCCCAUGCUGCUGAUCGUUGGCGAAUAUUGUCUAAAUACUGCGAUAUGUUGUAUUAGUCUUUGUCGGCUUGGUUGACUAUAUCGUAAAAUUAAUGGUAUAAUGAAAAACGUAGGAUGAAAAACGAGGGAUACACUUUUUAUAGAUCGUUCAGAAUUUUAAAAUAGAAACUCGUUUCCUUUUUCAGUUCUCUUUUCGCACAGCAAAAGUGGAAAGUGAGAUAACUACACAAUCCUACAUACUUUGCACCUUAACUAAAGUACGUCUUGUAUUUCAUAGAAACCUAAAAAAGACAGGAUUGACCAUUAUCGUCCACAAGGUGAAGAAUUUGACAAAGCCUAUACAUACGAUUAUAAAUCCCGCACAGAUGACACUGAAGUAUGUCAGCAACGUAUAACGACAGAGAAAAUAACCGUCGACAGAAGAGAUAUAACUCGUAUGGGGGAAACUGAAAAACGAAAAUAUCCUAAAGAUCUUGAUAUUGGACGUAUUGUAAUUGAAGAAAUACCUGAAGAGGUUCCAAAACAUAAAAUCCUAAGGAAAGAACACGGCGGACCAAGGAGCACCGGGGUGACAAUCGCACAACAUGAAGUUGAAGAACAUCCCAAGACGUACCUUACAGAGGAUGUCAUCAAAGUUGGUAAACUGGAUGUAACCCAUUUGGAAAAGGAAAUGGUGGAAGCGAAGACGGUUCGGGAUAGAAUCAGGACUUAUAAAGACAGAGUUGAUGGACCUCGCAAGGUAUCGCUCGUCGUGUUUUGUGUUUUUCAUUCCAAUAAUCCAUUUAGUCUAACUAUAGUUGAUCUUAAAAAAUGGGUGAUACUAAACGGUAGUGUGCACCAGGUAGUGCUCAAACCGACAGUCAAAGUAUUAAAAGAAUGUUGUACUUUUUCCACCAUUUACGUCUAUGAAUAUGUUUUGAAAAUGAAAUAUGAAAAUAAAUAGGUUUUGGGGAUCAUGCAUGGUAUAAAUUUGAAUACAAUUUUUUAUUUGAAAAAUUUGAAAAAGACUUCUACACAGGCAAUAAAAAAGUUCUAAAAUUUUGUUCGAAACGUUUCGCCAGUUAAGGCUUCCUCAGCGGGAAUGUUUUAGCCAGGUCACGUCCGAUGAACAUAUAUACACAUAUAUAUAAGCUAGACUAACUUUAAAUAAAUAUUAACAAAAGGAUGGAAUAUGGACAAUUACGAGCUAUUGUUUUGAAUGUUAUUAUUCCGGCGUGUCAUGCCAAAUUAGGAUAUUAAAUGUUAAUUGUUCUGCCAAUGCACUCGUUUAUUAUGUUUCCCACUCUUUUCUUGAUUUCAAACGCCUCAAAGCACUUACGCUCAUCAUCAUGGCUUAUGUUGGCAUGUGGGGGUGCUGAAGAAAGCCAGGAACAUUGAUAACUACAAUAUGUGGAAUUAGUGUAGCAAGACCAAUAAAACGAAAAUGUAUACAUAAAAUUCUCCCAAUUUUAAAAACAAUUUUUUUUAUAAACAUAUUUUAUUAAAUAAUUAAAGUGUUUAUUCCAAAAACACAAAAAGCUUAUCGAGGGGACUCACACACAAGUUAAUAUAAAAGUAUAUGGAAAUAAGAUAAGAAAGUAACGACGUAUACACAUAGAGCAUUAGUAAAGACAAGAAAAAAGAAGCAAUAAAUAACAUACAACAUUACAGGACUUCACAAAUACACACACACACACAAAUACAUUAGUCAUUAUACAAGUCAAAUUUAAUUUAAUUUAAUUUAAUUUAAUUUACGAGGCGACAGGAGAAAAGCGAUUUGUUGAAAGAAUGUAGCUUUGUACUUCUUCAAAGAAUUUGCGAUUAUCAAAUAACUUAAUUCUUGAAUGGCAUUAAGGAUAUAAAAUACCUAAAUUCCAUCGCUACUUUCCGUCCACCUUUGACCACAUAUCCGCUUCGCAGAGGCAAGAAAUAAGUUGCGUUGAGCUGCAAAACGGGAACAAGUCAGAAAAUAAUAUUUUACAGAUUCAUUUUCCAUUCCACAGUGACAAAGUGGUGAAGACAGACAAUUGAUUUUAAACAAAUACUCAUUCAGACAAUGAAAGCCCAAUCUCAAUCGAGUAUGUAAAAUUGAUGCUCGACGAGUAAGAGAAACAUAAAAAAUUUUAUUAUACACUAACGGACAGAACAUUGAUUUAAUUUUAACUUUAAAUGUAUCAAGCGAAUCCAAAUUUCGUAUAUCAGUGCCUAAAUAAUUCCAUUGAUUGAUUGUUGAAGGAAAAACGAUUGUUUAAAUUUUACCGUUCGACAUGAGAUAGAGCUAACAUUUUCACUGGAACGAAGUGAACGAUGAGCCCUUCCUCCAACAGUAUUAGGUAAUAAAUCAACAAGAUACGCUGGAGCUAGAGAUGCACUUAGUAAUUUUGCAGAAAUAAACUAAAUUAUGUAAUUUUCUCCUAUCACUGAGAUUCUCCCAUGCUAGCUCAUUCAACAGAGCUAUAUCACUUGUGCCUUUAAUCGCUCCGGCCACAACUUUAGCUGCCUCAUACUGAACAUGUUCCAAUAAUUCUUCUUCACUACAAUUGUCAUAUUACAUCUCCAUACUCCAAUGGGCAUCAAUUUUCAAUAGAGAAACAAGUAGAGAUUCUUAAAAUAUUAUUCAAAUUGCACCAUCUUGUGAUGCACUUUAGCUUUCAAAAAAUUAGCAUGCAAUACAAAUCACAAAACUAAACUAAACUCAGCAUAAAAUGUCAUUAUCUAGCCACAGAAAGAACGAAAACCGAAAGAUAAAGCCUUGGAACCCAGUUAUGUCGAAGAUACUCAUUACACAACGGCAAUGCGGGAAAAAAUCAAACCACGUUUAGAUGAAACAAAGGUGUCACGAAGAGAAGUAGACACAGAGCGAAUAACAAUAAUGAAAAGUGACACAACACGGACUGAAGAACCAGAACGACAAAUAUAUCCAAAAGAACACGACACUGGUCGUAUCGUGAUUGAAGAAAUUCCUGAAGAUAAGCCACGAAAAUACCUGAAAUAUCAAAGUGAACCCAAAUCUACCAAAGUUACGGUUACGAGAGAACAUGUUACGGAUGCAACUAGAGCUCAAGAAAAAGAAAAUGCGAUAAACGUUGAAAAACUUGAUUUUAACAAAGUAGAUACAAGACAAGUGGAAGCUAGAAGGAUAGCAGAAAGACCUUUGAAAGAAACAGAAAGGGUUGAACGCCCUCGAAAGGCAUGUGUAAAAUAUUUCCAUGGAUCGAUCGAGAAGAGCCAUAGAAUAUACAACGAUUAACCAAUACAACUCCAUAUACUGCAUUUUUAAUAGAUUACUGCAAAGUUGUUUUGCAAAUUUUUAUCAUCUCACUAUGUGCCGAUACUGAUUCCAACAUUUCAAGUUUAAUAAUAAACAUAGGUAAAGUUAGAUAAACGUAUGCCAAUAUGAGGUUUAUAAUUCUUCUAACUCACUUUGCAGGUGAGAAAAGAUUUGAAACUGGAGGAAAGAACCCUGGUUGAAUGUGAAGUCACUGAUGUAGAUUUUGACAAGAUCUCAGAGACCAAACCACGCCCAGAUGCAAUUCCUCGUGAAAAAGUAGCCACGGAAAAGAUUACAGUAAGAAGAAGGGAUAUCAUACCACGCGAAGAACAACAAAAACCACAAUUUCGCAAAGAUCUUGACAUUGGACGUAUUGUGAUUGAAGAAAUUCCUGAAGAAAAAGAAGAGGUACCAGAACGUGAGAUUUUCCAAAAGGAACCAGUCAGACCAAUGGGAACCGAUAUGCCAGUAAAUCAACGUGAAGUUAAAGAACUACCUAAGAAAUAUAUCAAAGAGGAUGUUGUUAAAGUUGGUAAACUUGCAACAAGUGAUCUUGAUCGCGUAACUGGAGAAUCCCGACGAGUAGAGGAAAGAAUAAAAACACAGAGAGAAACGAUCGAUGGAAGAAAGGUGAGAUACAAUAAGAUAUCUUUUCUUUGUGGGGGGCUUCCCCCCCCCCGUCGCUUUCUCACAUUGGUUUGAGAUUAAUUUUACCGACUUUCAGCUUCCACACUAGGAAGUGAUUCAUAACAGAAAUCCACCUUAAACUCAAAGUUACUUCAAUUAGAGGACGUUCGGAAUUAUUAGAGUCAUAUUUUGUCCGAAUUAGUAAUGAUGUACGAAUAGCUUGAUGUGGUUUAGUGUAAAAGACCUGAUUUACACAGGUGACACAAAUCUACGAAGCCAGCGGUACUCUAAAAUUCAGGCACGGAAAAGGUUUAAGACACUAUGAACAUCUUUACCAUACCUUCGCCUUCUGCAACUUGCAAGAGAUUAUUUUACCCAUUAAGAUUCAUCUUCAGAGAAGUAAGAGAGUUUUUAAUAGUUGCACAAGUUUAUACACUUCGUAAAUUAACUAAAGUACAUCAUCUAUUCAACAGCCGAAACAAGUUAAACCAAAAGAAGACAGGAUUGACCAUUAUCGUCCACAGGGUGAAGAAUUUGAUAAAGCGUAUACAUACGACUAUAAAUCCCAUACAGAUGAUACUGAAAUAUCUCAGCAACAAGUCACCUCCGAGAAAAUAACCGUCAGCAGAAGGGAUAUAACUCGUAUGGAGGCAACUGAGAAACCAAGACAUCCCAAAGACAUUGACGUUGGACGUAUUGUAAUUGAAGAACUUCCUGAAGAAAAGGAAGAAGUGACAAAACGUGAAGCUGUUAAGAGAGACGAAGUGAAGCCAAAACAUGAACACCUGGAAACACAUUAUGCAGUUGAAAAAUCUCCUAGGAAGCAAGUACAAGAAGAUGUGGUUAAAGUUGGUAGACUGGAUAUCACUGACUAUGAAAAAACGCCAAGUGAGCAAGAACGAGUUGAAGAAAGAAUCACUUACACCGGAAGAUUAGAAAAGGAUGCCAAGGUAACGUUAAUCUACUUCCUGAAGACUUUGCAAUGUGAUAUGUCGAUGAUACGGAGAUAAGAUGCGAAAUAAUGGCGUUUCAGCUCUCCAUCAUCGAUAAUCUAUUUGUAUCAAGGGCGACGGAAUAGGUAGGCUAGGGAGCUACAGUAUAGCCGCCAAAAAGUGAAUAUGAGGGGCUAAGCCCCUCCCCCACAAAAAAUCAGAGUAAAGGCCCGGUCACACUACACAACGAUAACGAUAUGAUAACUUGUAAAAAGGUGCUGAUUGGUAAAAAAAAUCAUUAUCGUCCAACUGCAAAAAAUCGCUCGGGUGAGCGAUCUCAAUAACGAUAAAUUUAAUGAAUAAAUUUAAUAAAAUGGCCAAUCAGCGUAUGUUUACAAGUUAUCGUACCGUUAUCGUUGUGUAGUGUGACCUGGGCUUAAGGCAGUAAUAUGAAGAUUCUUGAUCGCUGAAGUGUGUGUGAGGAGGGGGGCUUCGGCACCCGUGACAGUUUUCAUAGGUUAAGUCGUAUAUGCUUCGGUUCAAAAGCGUGAGCUCUUUCCAUCGCCCGGUAGUUCGACUAUGCUAAUUUGCUAGUGACUUUAGCCCCCACCAAGUCAUACAAACUAACCAAAACCAAUUAUGAAGCAAGUUUUUGCAGCAUUUUUGUUGUCCAAAUUCUUAUAUUCGGUGCAAGAAAGGGCAGGAAAUAGCACUUCCGAGCUCUAUUUGCCCGCUCUUCUAACUUUAAAUAUCUUCCUACGCUAUGCUGUUGUGACAAUUCGAUCACGUUUUGCCUGUCGUGUUUCCACUUAAAGCUACAAGCAUAGCUCAUCCACUCGUUCAUAUCCAUCAGAAGAAGAAAAUUGCACCUAAAAUCGCAGCAAAAAUUGCAUGUGUAAACGCGGCUUUAGAACAUUUCUUCCCUUGUUGAAUUCUCUUCUUUCAUAGUAAAUGUGAAAGUGAGAUGACUGUACCAUCCUAUACACUUCGUGCAUUAACUAAAGUACGUCUUGUACUUUACAGCCGCGACAGGAGAAACUUAAAGAAGAUAGGAUUGACCAUUAUCGUCCACAAGGAGAAGAAUUUGACAAAGCCUACACAUACGACUAUAAACCCCGUACAGAUGACACUGAAGUAUCUCAGCAACGAGUCACGACAGAGAAAAUAACCGUCAACAGAAGAGAUAUAACUCAUAUGGAGGAAACAGAAAAACCAAGAUAUCCCAAAGACAUUUGUGUUGGACGUAUUGUGAUUGAAGAAAUUCCUGAAGAAAAGGAAGAAGUGACAAAACCUGACGUUGUUAAGAGAGACGUAGUGAGGCCAAGACAUGAAGACAAAGAAACACGUUAUGAAGGUGAAAAAGUUGCUGGAACACGAGUGAAAGAAGUUAUCAAAGUCGGCAGGCUAGAUAUUACCGACUACGAGAAAAUACAAAAGGAAUCCGAAAGAGUCGAACAACGGAAAGCUACUUACACUGAACAAUUGAGAAAAGAUCGAAAGGUAUUAUAGUUUAAACAAUUUAACGUUCCGUGCUUUUGUGAUUUCAUGUUUCAGCUAAACUUGUAAAGUUUGUUGCAUGUUAUCUUCAAAUUAGUUUUAAAGCUAAUAAUUUCAAUAGUCCCUAUACCACUGACAAGUGAUUAUUCUGUUUAAUAGUUGUUGGAUAGGCUCGACUUCUUUUUAGUUUACCUGCAACAAGAUAUUCUAAUGUUCACCACUACGAUUCAGUGCCCUCUAAGUGUAAUUUUGUUUGCUCUAGCUAAAAGAAAAAACAGAUACUCAAACAAUAGAACGUCACGAUAUCGAAGAUCUAAGCUACAACAAGGAUAAACCUUAUGACCGUAAACCACGCUAUGAUGAAACCAGACUCUACCAAAACGAAGUGGACGGGAGAAUAGUUGGUGUUCCUAGAGAUGACGAAAUAUGUGAAGAUAAUAGUAUACAGCGCAAGGAAUAUCCAGAAGAAAAAGAUGUAGGUCGUCAGGAAACACAAGAGUACGAUAUGCCAGGAGAUAUUUAUCGUAAACUUUUGGAAAAACCGCGUAUAACCGAAGUAGCAACCACGCAGCACGAGGUUGAAGAUAUCACCAAAUCGUACCAAGAUGAUAUAUGUAAUAUUGGAAGACUUGAUAUUAGGGAAUUUGAAAAACAACCACUAGGAUCAAAGAGAGUAGAACAGAAGACCUUCGUACAAACAGAAAAACUGAAAGAAACACAAAAGGUUCGUUCAUAAAAACUGUAUUGAAAUGUGCCAAGAAUUAUUUCCACAUUAGGCAUAAAUUUAAAGCAGAUAUUUUCAACAAUGUUGCGAAGAUAUUGCUCGUCAUGCAAGAUUGUGUCGCCGUUCGACGAUCUCCAUUACUUUUGUGUAAAACAUGACAUCAUAUGCAUUGCACUAUCUUCUGUGAGUAUAACCCUUUCACAAUCCUCUUAAUACUCCUUACAGAUUCCUUUCAUAAUUCUCUGUCAACCAUUAUAAACCAUCUCAUACAUGCUUCUUCUUCUUCUGUGACAAUACUUUCCACUUAUAUCAAAUGCAGCAUACUAAUCUCAGUCGUCCCUUGCAGUGACCAAUCAUAACAUUGUCAUUUCGGUCCUAAUACCGUGUCUUUUCCCUUCCUGAAUUCCCACAUUUCAGUCUGAUAUAUUACUAAUGCACAAAUAAAAUGCUUGUCAAUAUCAAAAGUGUUUCUUCACAAGAAAGUUGGGCUUUACAAUAUGAACGGCAUGGUCGUCUCAUCAGUUUCACUCGGUUUAAAUUUCCUCUAAACAUUUUCUUUUGUUUUUUGUCUAUUUUACCAGUCAAGAAAAGGUGAACGACCUAAACAAGACGGGAUUGAUCAUUACCGUCCACAAGGUGAAGACUUUGACAAAGCAUAUACAUACGACUAUAAAUCCCAUAGAGAUGAUACUGAAAUACCUCAGCAACAAGUAACCACAGAGAAAAUAACCAUCAGCAGAAGAGAUAUAACUCGUAUGGAAGAAACAGAGAAACCAAGAUAUCCCACAGAUCUUGAUAUUGGCCGUAUUGUGAUUGAAGAAAUUCCUAAAGAAAUGGAAGAAGUGACAAAACCUAACGUUGUCAAGAGAGACGAAGUGAAGCUAAGACGUGAAGAUACGGAAACACGUUAUGGAGUUGAAAAAGUACAUAGAAAGCAAGUACAAGAAAUGGUUAAUGUUGGUAGACAGGAUAUAACUGACUAUGAGAAAACACCAAGAGAGUCUGAACAUGUUGAAGAAAGAACAACCACUUACACUGAAAGAUUGGAAAAGGAUCGCAAGGUAAAUUUGAUGUCAAAGAUCAAAAUUUUAAGUGGCUAAGAUUACAUAAACAAACUGCUAAAUGUAAUGGCAUAGAAACUCCAAUUUGCAAUAACGCGUAAUUAUUCCGACAAAAACUUUUUCCACUCAACAUCAUAAUUCUUCAUGACGACAUACAGUAAAAAGGCUUUAAUUAGUAACGCAUAAGCCCUUGUUUGUGGAUUAAGGGUUCUACUAAGCUACCAUUAAUAAAAUAAUACAACUGAGGUCUUAGCAAUUUGAUUCUCAAAAAUCCACAAUUUAACUUGAGUGAGACGUUGAAUGUGUAUCAUCAUCAAUCUUCUGCCGUGCAGUACUGAGAAUAUAGACUAUAAGCUUGAAUGCAAAUCGAUAUAGCAACAGAAAUGUGAAAGAACUUUUAAAAUUUUAAACAUUAUUUUUUUACCGAUUUUCAAGAUCUUGCUUAGUUCUUGAAAUAUUUCGCCAUCUGGGAUUAUUUUUUAAUCUCAUUAACGGUUGUUUCAGUGACGUCACAAGCGCCCCUGGGUGCCAAUAACAAUUAGAUGUGAAAAGGUUUUUAUUUGAAAUUACAAUUUUGGGCCCAUUGUGACCAUUGACUGUCCGCCAUAUUGAAAAUCGUAAAUAUUUUCGCUAUCCUAAAAUAAUUUCGUGAAUUAUGAUUAUUUCAGUCAAAAUAUUUUAGUUUCCACACAAUUUUAAAUAAAGGGAACAUGUUUUUUUAUUGCCGUAUCCCUCUAAAAAUAUUUCCUAACAUUAGGGUGCUGGACGUUGAGUGCUAGUGUAGGCAGCAAAGAAUACAAUGUACAAUGUAUCAUGUACAAUUUUGUGUAUGAUGCACAAAUUAAGGUGACUCGAUACAUUUUUUUUAAAGGAACAUUUGCGCUUUAGAUGAGCAUUUUUGGACAAGUAUUACUUAAUGAAAAACAAAAGCAUCUUACUUAUGUGAAACCACAUCUAAAGAGUUUGAAAUUUUUGCACAAAAGUUACGCAACUGCCGUUGCUAUGGAAACAAUGACGUUUCAAUAUGGCGGAUAUUUGGCUUUAAAGUAAUUUAACUAGUAAAGGACAUCGGUGACCUCCAAUUUUUAUUUCAUAAUGAACAUAACGUCCCUGCUUAUCCAGAACUUUUACAAUCAAUUUACCUUUCACAUCCUACAAUAUAUAAAGUCGUGCGUUUCUUAUUCUAGCUUUCUGGAAUAAGAUUGUUCACCGUAAGUCAAUAUCUCUUGCAUCAAUGUUCUGAAAAGUAUUUUUUAUUUUACAGCCAAAAAGAGACGAGAGACCUAAAAAAGACAGGAUUGAUCAUUAUCGUCCACAAGGUGAAGAAUUUGACAAAGCUUAUACAUACGACUAUAAAUCUCGCGCAGAUGACACUAAAGUAUCUCAGCAACAAGUAACCUCGGAGAAAAUAACCGUCAGCCGAAGAGAUAUAACUCGUAUAGAGGAAACUGAGAAACCCAGAUAUCCCAAAGAUCUUGAUAUUGGACGUAUUGUAAUUGAAGAAAUUCCAGAGGAAAAGGAAGAAGUGACAAAACGUGACAUUAUCAAGAAAGACGAAGUGAAACAAAGACGUGAAGACAUGGAAACACGUUAUCAAGUCGAAAGGGGUCCAAAACGGCAAGUGAAAGAAGAAAUUAUUAAAGUUGGUAAAUUUGAUGUCAGAGACUACGAGAAAACACCCAUGGUGUGCGAGCGAGUGGAAGAAAGAAGUACUACGUAUACUGACAGGAUGCAGAAGGAUCGUGAGGUAAUUUGAUUAAUUCAAUUUCUGAAUGAUCAUCUAGAAAUGGUAUUAACCAUUAUAAACCAAAGAGUGGAUGAGUUAAAUAUUUGCCACAAAUUAUAAUCGUCCAUGUUCACAGUUCUACUUACAAGAAGUAAAUCCUUAGAUUUUUAGAUCUUUAGAAAGGUUUUAACUUCUAAAUCCAACGAGAUUAUUAAAAUCCUCCCUCUAUUUCAAAAACAUAUAUUUUUCUUGCUACUAGUAGUUUUUGGUUUGAUGGUAAGAUUAGAUGUUAUUUAUUCCCUUCCAUUAUCCAGCCAAGAAAAGGAAAAUUAUACGAGGACCCGAAAACGAAAAAAAGUUACAUUGACGACACAUACAAUGUGGAAAAGCCCUACGAACGCAAGCCUCGUUAUGAUGAGACUGAAGUUGAUAGAGAAAAGGUCGGGACAGAAAAGGUCGCAAUAACACGAACAUACGAAGACGGACGGGUAGAUCGAAUGGAACGACAAAAGUAUCCGAAUGAUAAGGAUGUUGGUCGCAUUGUAAUGGAUGAAACGGUCGAAGAAACACCAAAGGAGGUUCGUCAUAAAAUUACAGACAGACCUCGAAAGAAAGAAACAACAACCACGCGUAACGAUGUGAUAGAUAUUCAUAGAACAGAUGUGAAAGAUGUCCAGAGAACAUACAUCCACAAAGAGAAAGAACGUUUUGGACCAACAAGACCUGAGGAACAAUUCCUACCAGAGACAGAAAGACUAGAUCAUCAGAGAAAGGUAAGUCGAAGAGGUUUCCAAGAGCAAAAAUAUAGAUAUUUUGUAUCAUUAUGUUUGUCAUUUAUUUUGUCUUUUAUUGUUUCCAAAAGUGAGUCUUUCUACGCGGGCUUACGAUUAGCAUUUCUAUAGCGCAAAUUUACAUGUGGAUAUGACCAAAUGCACUUUAGAUACAUCAAGUAUUAUACGCCUACCUAGCUACAUACUUAGCUUGGACUAAGCAAUUGUGACAACAAUUGUGAUAUUAAUUUCUUAACUCCGGAGCACCCGGAGAAAACCCACGACUUUCGGCAGAGCGUUGAUUGACUCUUUUCACAUGAGUCCAUAGCGAGAAUCGAACCCACGAACUGAGAGGUGAACUGAGUCGCUUGCUCUGACGACUGCGCCACCGAAGGGGGCUAUGGUAGAAGAUAUCUCGCCCUUAUGGUUAUUACAGGCAGGUAGUACGCAUAUUAAUUUUAAAUUUUAAAAAAUUCGGGAUAAAUGUAAAUAAUCUUUAUCUUGGGUACAAAUAAAUGCUUAUUGUUGUUGGUAUACAUUACGUCAAUAUAUUUAUUUGCUAUGGGCCGACACAAAACUUAAUUCAGACAUUGAGUGACAUUCUAUAAAUUUUCUAACUUGGGAUUGUAAAUAUAUUUCAGGUCCGUAAAGACGAAACACCAGACGAUACGGAUUUUGAUCGUCGUGUUUUAGAAGAUCUAGAUUCAACGUUCCGAAAAGAACCUAAAUCAUACACCGAUGACGCACAUGCACCACGGCAACGCGUCACAACAGAACGAAUCAUUGUAAGCAGACAGGAUAUUUCCAAAACAGAAGAACCCGAGAAACCAAGAUAUCCUAAAGAUCUUGACAUUGGGAGAAUUGUGAUUGAAGAAAUUCCAGAGGAGAAAAUCCCAAAACGAGAAAGCCCACAAAAAGAGCGUUCAAAACCCAAAGCGAGGGAGUCUAUAGAAACACAAGAAACUAAAGUACCAAGAAAGGAAGUUAUAGAGCAUGAAACAAAAAUACACAAGGAAUACACAACUGAUUAUGAAGAACGACCUUGGGAGAGACGGUCAGUGGAUGAAAGAGUGACGACAUACACAGACAGACUUGAUGGAGUGCAUAAGGUAAUUAGAGUAUACCUGUAUCAUCACUAUCUUAGUUUGUGAUACCAUUGGACCAAAUGCUUGAAGUAGUAUUUCUAGCUUAUAAGAUCUACUUAUGAAUUCAUUGCUAAUGACCAAAUAGUUUUCAACUUUAAAUUAAGCCUGCAACUAAUAAAAUUUUAAAUAUUUGCUAAAUCUAGAUCUCCAGCUAAAAGAGGGGUCAGGCUUUCCUUCAAUCCUAUUCUUUUACUUAAUUAUUUAAGUUAAGAAAUAAGUUGAUGCUCAGCCCCAGUAUUUCGACAGGAACAGGCAACAUUUGAUUUUGCCAUUUUAUUAAUAUGUAGACAUACUAAAAUUUAUUAAUAUGUAGACUGAAUAGAUCGAAAUAUUAAUAAAAUUAAUACAUUGUCUUUUAGCCAAAGAAGGAAGACAAGCCGGAUGAACGUGAACAAGUUCCGAGGUGUAUCGAAGAUUCGACUUACUACAAGGAGACUCGUGGUGAUCGUGUGUCCAGCAGAGAUGAACCUCGUGUCUCUCGACUAUCAACAGAUAAAAUAACGUUCACCAGAACCGAUGACAUCGCGAGAGAAAAAGUGAAACGUCAUGAUCAUCCAAGUGAGCAGCGAAUUGGUCGUAUUGUCAUUGACGAAAUUCUAGACGAAUCUGAAAGAAUCACAGAACCCAAAAAAGUAAGAACAUUGAUUUCAUAAUUAAUAAUAAUAUGUAUACCAAGACGAUGGUGGUAUGCGGCUGACGUUUAUCGAAAUUAGUUUAGCCGAAAGUAAAAAUUUUCAUUACGCCGGCUUUCCGUUGUCUCACCAAAACGUGCUUGUUUAUAAUUGACAGCCAACAAUGUAUUUUAUGCUAGCAGCUAGCUCAAAUCAUUCGAAUGUUUCGAGUAAAAAUCAGUAAAAUAAUCAAAAGAUACAUUCUUCAGUCGCCAGUCCAACACGUUCUAAAUGAGUAACACUAAGGUGUAGCAAGAGACUACUUUCAAUACGGACUAUGUAAAUGCUCAGAAGUUGUCAAUCUUUUUGACAGGAAACAUCAAUAACCGUUCAAUCAUUACCUUUAUUAUUAGGUAAAGAAAGAUGUACAACCCGAGAAACAACGACCAUCCCAUCUUCAGGUAGAAGAUUUCCAAACCGUACAUCGACCAUAUGAGACGAAACCCCGUGAAGACGAGACCCCUCGAAAGUAUAUAUCUAGUGAUAAAAUAACUAUCACCAAAUACGACAUUACCAAGCAAGAGGAAACAGAAAGACGCAAACAUCCUAAAGAUCUUGACAUUGGUCGUAUUGUGAUUGAAGAAAUACCAGGAGAAAAAGAACAAGGGCCAACAAAAGAACAAGCACACCCGAGAGACACACAAGAGAUCAUAACACGGAAAGAAGUCAAAGAUAUCCCCAAGUUACGAGAAGAAACAAUCAAAGUUGGUAAAUUCGACUUACGUGGUGUUGAGAAGGAGGUCGAGGAAUCGAGAAAAACGGAGGGAACAUUAAUAACGCAUAACGAGCGAGUUGACCACAGCUGCAAGUUUGUGACAGAUCAACACACUGUCAGUGAAACUAAAAUAGAUGUUAUUGAUGAAAGAGUGCGGAUGGGACUUCGACCAAAAGACAAAACUUUUAUGGGUGUUCAAAAGACAGUUGGACCUCGUGUUAUAACAGACAGGAUUGAUGGAGGACAGAAAGUUGAUGACAAAACUGGAGAGAAGAAAAUAGCUGAAUCUACAAUAGGUACGAUUUCAAAUUAUACAAGGCAAAAUACCUGACAGCAAUUCUCGUAACUUAAGGUGUAAUUAGGAUAGCCCUAUUUCACUGGCUAAUUGUUUCUAAAACCAUUGGGGAAAAGCACUAAAUAUACAAAAAAAUUACAAUAAGAGUAAAAAAUAUAUACAAAUGACAGAAUAUACUAAAAAUGUGUUGACAAAAAGAUCAUAUUUUAAUUGGAUCAUCCGUUCACACGAGGCCGGAUGAAUUCCGAACCGUACUCAUAUUGGUCCGGAUUCACCUUGCGCUUACUCGGGACGCAUGAAACCGGACGAAUUCCAGCAUAGCUAACCAAAUAAAAUUUAGGUCUCGUUUUGUACCGGAAUGGAUCCUAAAUUAGACGGCGCCAUGUGAACAGCGGCAUCGGUCUUUUUGCACGGUAGAGGAUUGGGAUUGAGACAUCUACACACGCAUAUGUAAAUACUUUCGAGACUACAAUUCACUCGGUUCCGUGUGAACACUUUUCGUCUCGUAAUUAAUCCGGUUCCGUGUGAACAUGUAGAACCGAACGAAUUUGAGUGAGUGAGUGUUCCGAUUCAUCCAUCCCCGUGUGAUUGCUUGCUACAAUUUUAUUGCUAAAUCCAGAAGAAAAUGUAGACAGACAUUGAAAGGAUAGACAGUGGAAGAAACUGAAUAAAGCUUUGGUUGGUUUUCAUCAGCUAGCAAUGUUUUGAAGACCAAAAUCAUUAUUCUAGACCAAUUAAAACAAAAUAAAUAUAUGUUAUUAUAGGUGUGGAUGCUCUUCGCGGACACGAUGUAGUCACAGAUUCUGUCUGGGAAGAAAGCGUAAAACCUUUGGAUGAACAUCCCAAGGAACCAGAAGAAGCGGGAAAACCUGUGCAGCCCAAAGCAAUCAUUAUUACCAAAGAUGAUCGAUCCAAAGUCCAAGAAGACGUCCUUGUGUCUCUUCGCAAAGUAAAAGCAGAGGAAGUGAAAGAAGAUGUCAAAGUUCGGCGAUUUAAAAUCGAUGAAUCACGGGACAUUCAUGGUGUAAAGAAACACAAAGAACCUGUUAAUGAAAGAAGAAUCAAAGAAAAGCCAAAGAAAGAAGCAGAACAAAAACAACGAGAAGGACCAGAAGAGAAACCAAGAAAGGGACACGAGGAGCCGAAACGGGGAAAACCAAAAGAAAAGCAAACACAAACCAAGGAAAGAAUGGACGAGCGUGACAUAAAGAUAGCUUAUUAUGAGAAAAAGAAACGAGAACGGUUACAACGAGCACACGAGAAAAGACGUUUUGAAGAAGAGAGAUAUCAGAUGAAGAGAGCAUCGUCAGACCCAUGGAUACACGUGAGAAGACAUGAAAAGCAACCAUUACAUGAAAUAACUGCAACUCAAGUCAUCGAUGAUGAUCCAAGAAGGUAAUAUACAAAAUGCAUUAAAUCAAACCUCGUCAAUACUUUAACCAAUCAAAUCACUCAUAAUACAGGGUGUAUAAAAAAACUGAACCGAUUUGAAAUUGCUCUCAAUUUCGCAAACUCGAAGGUCGCUGGUUCAAGAUCCAGCUGCGGCAGACACUAUCUUUCUACUUACGCUGGGUAUGGAAAUUAUGAAAUACACACUCGAGAACAUUUUCAACUUAUCAUGUUACGGAGUGAACAAUAACACACACAUUAUAUGUACUAUUUAAAGCACGCGUAGGAGUGUUUUAUCGCAUAUAAAACACGACGCGUAGCGGAGAAAAUAGCUUCAAAAACGACUCAUCUUAUACGAGUUCAUUGGCGAAGUAAUUUUUAAAAUAAACUUUGUCUAAACCGAGAAACUACAGACGGUACCGAUUUAGUAGAACUAGGCAAUAAAACGCAUAUAUAUAUAUAUAUAUAUAUAUAUAUAUAUAUAUAUAUAUAUGUGUGUGUUUUAUUGCCUAGUUCUACUAAAAUUAUCGACAUUCGAACUUUCGCGCUUUUUAUACGCCGCUGUUCGAAUGCUGAUAACCUUAAAACUAGGCAAUAAAACGCAAAUCCAAGCAGCAAAUUUUUAGAAAACUUCUUAUUUUACCUUGUCACGUUAGGGAGCAGUCAUUAUUAAUGCUGGGGGGGGGGGGCGGAAGACAUUUGGGGGGCCAUCAAAAAUUUAUUAAUCACUUAGGGGGCUACCAAAGUAUCAAAGAAAGGUAGGGGGGGGGGGUCACCAAAAAUAAUGUACAAUAAUCAUAAAACAUCAGCAGUUAUAGUUCACUGUAAUAUAAAUGUCAAUGCGGUAAUCGCGCACAGGGACGAGUGCAAUUAAUGAUUAACACUACGAGUGAUAUUUGAAAAAUGUGCCAAAAUUGCACAAGCGAUUAAUAAUUAAUUGCACGACUUGCCCGUGUGAUUAUUUAUUUAUUUUAUGCAUGGGAUGAUGAGAAAAUAGUUUUCUUUAAAAUUCAAUUUCAUUUUGUCAAGAGUUUUUAAUUCUUUUGUAAGCAAUUUGGCAUAACAAACUUGGGAAAUGAUCAUAAACUCAUUAUUCAAACUCAAAUAACAUAUGUUCAAAGUAUUGAGAAAAUCUUUAUAAAUUGUAUUACAGACUUACAUAGUCACGUUUCGCUGCAUCUCGCCGAGAUUAUUUCUUAAAACUGUUUCCAGGUAUUCUCCACAGGCUGUUUUUGCCAUACUAUGUUUUUUAAACUCAUUCUUGUGCCAAAAUUUAGUUCAGUUCGUCCAUGUGGUUUUUAUACAAGAUAAAGAUAAAUUUCCCCGCCAUAUUGGACUUGUUGUUUUGAUUUCCCGCCCCCCCCCCAAGCCAUCGAAAAUCAUUAAUUGCACCACAAGUGGCACAAUCUCGCAAGGGUCAAGUACCAUCGAGACUGAUCGAGUGCAAAGUCUCGGAAAAUAUUAGUCCAACAAAAAAGGAAUAAAAGGAGAACACACACUAUCGAAUAGACAAGUCAAUUUCAUUUUAAAAUUUAUAUUUUAUUACAUAUUUUUACUAUAAUAUACAUUGCUAUAAUAUACAAGUCUAUACUGUCGCUUGCGAGAUUGGACCGCCUGUGAUCAAUAGUAUAUGUUUGGAAUGCAAGUUCAAUCACAGGGGGAAGAGGGGUGGCCUAUGAAAAUUUAUUAUAUUUAAAGGGGAGGGGGGCAUGAAAAAAUAUUUUGAAAGAGUGAGGGGCCAUGAAAAAUUUACCAUAAGUUUAGAAAUAUCUCCCCCCCCCCCCGGCAUUAAUAAUAACUGCUCCCUUAAAUCCAAUCAAAAAAUUUAAAAAUCCUGACCCACUCGAAGCUUUAAGACCCUAAAUUUUCUGUAACCGGAAGUAGUAACCGAAAAUGUCAACAAAUGCAUUGAUUAGGCGAAAACAAAAUUCCUCGUUGUUUGUUCACAAUCAAUCGCUCAGGUCCAUGGAAAACCUUUUGUGAUAAAAUCCUGAUAAUUAUGCACUUUUAUUUCCAUAGAUACUUUGAUGACAAAUACGAAACAGAGGUUCGCAGAAAGCAGGCCACCCUUCCAUGGAUUGAAGUUCGCAGACGAACCAAAAUUGAGAAAGAUCGAAGCCUGGUGAGUGAGAAGAGUCGCCAUGCUUAUCACAUGGCACAAGAAUCCUCAGGAAGAGAUCGUCUUCUUCUUUUGAAAAUACCUCAAAAAAUGUUCCUUUCCAUGCAAAAUGGCGAGAAGAGCAAAGUACAAGAGAUUGAUAUUCCAUGGAUGGAGAUAGAAGCAACUCCAGAUAAUGGCAGCGAGGCAUUACCAUGGAUAGAACUGGAAGCACACGACCCAAAGACAGGACGGGAUCGUCUCAUCAUGUUGAAAAUACCCAGAGAUAUGGUCAUGAAAACAUCCAAAUUUUCCAACGGCUCAGAACGUGAGAUACAACUACGCUGGGAUGAUGUCACAAGGUAUUUUGAAGAAACUGGUCAGAUCCCUCUAGGUUCCUCAGUACGCAUGCGCCUUAAACAGCCACCUACCAUGAGUAUCACAUUACCACGAGAAGCAAAUAACGUCCGUUACCAGUCCACUUCGCAACGCACAAUUUCUCAUGAAGGAUUACCCACAAUCCGUUUGAUGAUGCCUAAGAAGUUUUAUGCAGCAGGAUCGUGGCAAGAUCGACCCCUUAUUAACUUCAAUCCAGAUCGCCGCAUCAAGUUGCGACUCAACCAACAAUCGAAUUCAAAAACCGUUGAAGACGUGCGCACAAUUCGUCUGAACGAAUACGACAGGAGGACCAAUUACAUGCCAGUAGCUUUAACACGUGAUUCUCCACGCCGUGUCUUAUUGGCAGAUGGCACGACCUGGAAACGAUUGGACAUCGAUGACCUCCGGGCGUUAGAUCAAGAGAAAGGUCAGUGCAACGCGAGCCGAUUCAGAAAUACUUACGAAAUUGGUCAGGAAUCAGAAGCACACAGUUUCCCAGAUCUUCGUGAGUUUUCAAAAGAGAAAGACGGAACAACUCGAGAAAAUCCCAAAAUCUUCAGCUUCCUUAUUAACGGCAACAAAGACAAAAAGUGACUGGUAUAGUUUGUAGUGCGUAAGAUGUGGACAUUUAUAUUUGAGAGAACUAAAUUAGUUUUUCUUAAAGAGUAUCACUUUUUAUUAACUUUUAAAGAAAGAGAACUUGAUUUUUAUAUAUUAUAUAUUUUUACAUAGCAAGUUAUUUUUACAAAGAGUAUUAUUGUAUUUUGUCUUUUGGUCGUGUGAGAUAAGAAUGAAGUAUUAACCGUUAAAGGGGAACGCUGGAAAAAUAGUUUGAAAGGACAUAUUUAUAGCGAGAUAAUUUGAGUGAGAGGAAACAUAUCAAGGAAGGUUUUACAUGCAAUGUGCAAUUAAUACGUAGAGUGAAGUAGUUGUGUGGAUUAUAUAGCAAGGAUUAUAACAUUUUAUAACAGUAUAAAAGUAGCGUGUCGGUAGUAAUAAAGUUAUAUUGGAUGUAAUAGUAUAAGUACAUACAAAUUAAGGAGUUUAAAGUUUAAUUGAUACUAUUAAAGUUUAUUUUGUGUUAAUAUA